GCAGGGUUUGCCUGUGAGUCAGUCAUAUGACCGUGACACUGAUGGAGUCAGGUUGGCAGUACUAGCUGUGCGGUGGGAGCAGGGUGCCAGGCUCAAUGCCUCGCACAAGGAGUUAAUAACACCCAGCGUUUGGGUAUUUCCUACACCAUGCCACCCACUCUCUUCCAAAAGCUUUUCAACAAAAGAAAUGGGCAGCUCUCUCCCAGCAGAGACCCCAGGGACGACUAUGUGUUCAGGUAUUGUGCUUACAGCAUUUCUUGUUGUACAUGCCUUAUGUUAUGUUUUAGUUAUUAUUGUUUUUGUUUUGUUUUUUUAACCCCAGUGGAGGUUUCUUGAUGCAUUGUAUCUCCAUCGUUUAAUGCAUUUAUUUAAUUGGCAAAUUCUUUGACAUAUUAUUGUUCAGAAAACAUUUGACAGUUUAGCUGUGCAUCAUGGGAAAUGUAGUCCAAGACGGCUGGGGUGUCCUCACUGCCUUCUGGACAUGAUUGAAGAAUUAUUUAUUUUAAAUAAAUUGGUGUUUAUGGCUGAUCAGGUGAGUUGUAAUCCAUCUUCACGGCAGGCAGCUGGAUACCUGGUGUGCCACUUAAAGUUGGAUAAAGCUAGAUCGGGGUAGGCAAACUUCAGCACUACAGAUGUUGUGGACUUUAUCUUUGCCAGUGCUUUGUGGCUGUAACAUCUGGAGUGCCAACGGUUGCCUAGUCCUGAACUAGUGUAUAAGUACUGUCUGUUAGUAUUCUGACCACAGGUUUGACAGGACUCAUUGCUGUCUUUACCUUAAGACAUUUACAUUGGUUAUAUUUAACUUUAUAAUUACAUUUGUAAGUGUGCCGAUUUUACAUUGGAUUUAUUUAGUUUGUAUCAUGUCAUUUUAUAUAUAUAUAUAAAAUAAAAUUUAAGUUGUUGAAUUGGGUCCUCAGAUGUUAUGGGACUGCAAAGUCCAUGUUUGUUUGUUUGUUUGUUUGUUUUUUGUGCAGACAAUUAUGUGAGUUGUAGUCCAAUAAUACAGGAGGCCUGCAAUUCAACACACUCUGAGUGGAGAUUGAUGCAGACAGUAGUGGUCAAACAGAAGAUCUCCUGCGGCUACAACAGUUGAAAAUCCAAAUUUUGGUCACCAAUUGGUCUAAAAUCUUGGGGACUCCAUCUUUUGUGAGCUUUGUUUUUCCAUAAUGCCCAGACAGACAAAGAAGUGUUUCCCAUAUGUUACUUCAGUAUCUGUAUGUUGAUGUUUGAUAAUGUAAUUUAAUAAUCACAGUAUUAAAUUAAAAAGGUUGAUGUGUGAUUUACUUUACUUGGCACAACUGUUACUGGCUUAGAUGGAAAAAAAUACUGAAAACCUGUGUCAGUGUUGAGUAUUGUGGAGAGAUUACUCUUAUUGAGCAACAAAGGUCCUAACAGUCAAUGGUUUUAGCAAAUAUAGAAUAUUUUACUGUUUACAAUCAUGGGUAUGUUUACUUUUGUUCACGUGUAUUUUUGAAGUCCAUUUGAAUCUAGCUGCUUGGUGUUUAUAAUUCAUAGGGCAUGCCACGUAAAAUAUUUAAAGUACAGUAUGCAAUGUAGACUUUGGCACCAGUAACGUACACUUUAGAAUUUACACAGAUCCUUAGAGGUGUAAACCUGUUUUUUUCAGGAGUUGCAUAGUAGGAUAAACUAUGUUUCAGUGGCAUCAAUUAAAUAAUUUGCAUCUCUAUCAUAUGUGACAUUUUCUUUCAGGAAUCUUGUGUGUGAGCAUGGUUUUUCAUUACUGUAUAAAUAUUGUAUUAAUCAAAGGAGAACCAGGGCUUUUAUCCCUUUAGGGCAGAAUAGAUAAAUAAUGCUAUAUAGUAUUAUCAGUGCAGAAAACAAUCCUGUAUUAUAUAGUUCUAUAUAAUUUCACUUUUUUUUUUUUUUUUUUUAUAAAACUGUUUGUUGUGAAAUGUCCUCACAUGACACCAAUCUAUGGAGAAGAUGGACAAAGAGCUGGAUAAUUUAUUUUAGUAUUGUAUUCACUGCGUCAAGAUCAUGCACAAUUUAGCCGAUAUGGGCCAUUUCUAUACAGGGUUUAAUACAGUUAUACAGUGGUGCAAAUUCAUUGUGUGCUGCACAGGCAGCUGAUAGAAGCAGACUGUGUAACUCAUCCUCCAGGAGCUUCAUUAACUAAAGUAGAACAAGAGUUCCGGGCUGGUAAAGGUGAAUUCUGGCAUAUUGGGCAUCUGUCAUCAGCAAGCAUAGCAUUCUGGUUACAGAAAACCAAUGGCAGUCCUCCAGAACAUACCUUUCCCCUUAGUAAAGGACAAUAAUGUCACCAGAUGAAGAUCAGGCUGCAGGGAGAACUUGGCCUUGGAAUGGGAUUACAGAUAUGUUUGUUUUUCUUUGGGUUUGAAGGGGGCACGUUUUUUUGGGGGGUUUUUUCCGCUUUUGUUUUGUUGUUGUUGGAAUAACUCUUCCUUGCUGUAAAAUUAGGUUUCCGUUAAUGAUUUUAUUUGGAUGUUCAAUUAAUGACAUAAAGCACAAAAUUUAUAUUUCCGGAUAGAAAUAAAGUAUUCCAGCUGGCUGGCUAACUGCCCAGGCAGGCAACCUAAUAUCACAAAAAAAAAAGUAUUAUUCUCUGAAAUUAAACAUUUGUAAAAAUAGGUGCAAUAACAGGGUUUUUGCCCCUUAACUAUUUCAUAAGUACUUUAGUAAGGUGAAUUGGGUAAUGGUGCUCAGUGACCCUUAAAAUUAAAGCAUACUGUUGUCAUACUAAUAAAUAGUGUGGGGAACUUUUAACGAAUGGCCAUUGAUUAUUGUGGCACACACACAGACGCGCGCGCCAUGUUUGACUGUUUCUGUAGUAAAGCAUGGUUUUAACAUUUGUAGAGUAGUUAGACUUUGUUUAAUUAAAAGUGCUACAGCUGGGAAGACCUCAACAGACAGCUGAUAUUCAGCACAUUUUUGUUUGCUUGUGCCAAGCUAUGCUUCUUACAUCAUAAUUAUAAGACAUUUGAGAACCACAAACCUUAGACAUAGUGUUCUCAUCGCUGUCUAUCACUUUCAUGUUUAUGGUAGCAUUGUGUGUAGAUAUGUACUAUGUAAUACAGUGACAUACAGAAUGCGUCAGCACUAUUAUUUAUUUUUAGCGUUGCACAUUCAAGUACACAAACCAAAUGGCUCCUUGCCCUUACACUGUAAAUGUCAUGUCUUUCCAACAUCAAAAUACAUUAUCCCUGGCACACGAGCCUUUGGCGACUCAAAUUAGAGCUAAUAUGGCUAUACAAGGGGUUCACAUAGGGCAGACAGAGCACAAACUCAGUCUCUUUGCAGACGAUGUCCUCCUCCCCAUCACUCAACUUGAAACAUCCCUUCGUGCACUCGCAGAUGUUUUUGAGAGAAUAUAGUAAAUUUUCAUACAACCAGUUAAACACGACUAAAACACAGGCAAUGUCAAUUAAUCUUGACCAAAAAACAAUACACUGCCUCAAAGCACACCACGACUUCAAUUGGAGAGACGACCACAUAGUUUACCUGGGCAUAAAACUGACUAAAAGCCUAGAUGCCAUCGUUAAUACCAACUGCCUUUAAGUAGCCUCUGAAAUCACCUCAUGUAUGGACAAAUGGAAAGACAAGUUUUUAUCUUGGUUGGACUGAAUCGCAGCCUUCAAAAUGAUGCUACUCCAUAAACGACUGUUCUUGUUUGGUCCCCAUCCUGUAGGUGUCCCAAGGUCCUAUUACAUCCAACUGCAAAGACACUUUUACAGGUUUAUUACCCGGUGCUGCAAAUCUCGUAUCCCCAAAUCCACGGCCACAAGUAAAGUGGGAGACAGGGGAGUGGGUAGACCAGACAUCCGCGCCUAUUACACAGCUACACUCCUCAAUCAUGUCACCGGGGCACAGGACACCAAGACCAAACCCCCGUGGGUGGAGAAUGAAUCCCACUGGCCUUUGGCAGAAGGGAUCUCUUACUUAUUUUGGAUACCAAAGACCAUACGACCAAAAAUGCAUACCACACUACCCACUAAGUCUGCGAUGUUAAGGGCAUGAGGUGAACACAAAGACAAGUUCUCCUCCUGGAGUCUGAUUUUGCUAACAAUGCCAAUUUGAUGCUUUAAAUACUUUAUCCCUACUUUUGAUAGCAUGCGGUAGGAAAAUAGGGGACUUAAAUUUCACCACCAAAUCUGGAGCGGAGAAAACUUGACAGCUUACUCCCAACUCAGAUCGAAAUAUGAUCUUCCCCAGACGGGCUAUGUUUAAUACCUACAAUUGAAAUCCCUACUGAAGAAAAUGAACCAACCUAGAUAUUCCACCCUGCCCACAGUGCAAUCCAUGUCCAUUAUAGAAAAAAUGUGCACAGGUACUAUACCGAAAAGGAAGGUUAUAUCAGUUUGCUAUGACAUGUUACUGUGGGAUACCAAACACCCCAUGCCUAAGUAUACCAAAGAGUGGGGUGUGUAUAUGUGUGUGUGUAUAUGUGUGUAUAUAUAUAUAUAUAUUCUCUAUCUAUCCAUUCAUCCAUCAUCUGAAGAACCAUCCUUAUUUGAAAGUAUAGAGCUUUACAAUGUUUUAUCAAAGUAACUGACCAUAUACCAUAACUUCUAAAAGUUAUAAAGGAGGUGUAAGACUGUAGCUACCAUCUCAAUACCUCUCAUUUAAGUUUAGUACUCCAAUUGACUUUUAAAGACUUUAUGUGGAAAAGUUUUCUUUUGUUGUUCUUUUGUGUUUAGAAUUCUCUUCAUGUGUGGGGAAAGGGGAUCCCACACGGGUGUUUAACGAUAAUACCAAGGUAAAUUUGGAUUGAUGUGCCUUGAAGAUCAAGGAGCAAAUCUUUUAAUCCAUAGCUGUUGAUUCAUCUCCUGAUUCCUCUUAUGUCAUCAGCUGUAUAAAAUAUCAUGAACAGUUUCUUGAAGGCAAAAAAAAGCUGAUCUCAUCCUAACUUGAUGACAUUUCUGAAAGUCUCUCUUGUUGCUUGCCUUGAUCUCUUCAACUUUUAACUGGGAUAAUUUGUGGUCUGUAAAUUUCUAUAAUAUUAAAUGCAUAGAUACAGACUGACUUCUCCUUGUAGUUCUGAUGUGCAAGGACAGUACAACUUCCAUAUUCUUGCUUGAGCAGUUGUUUUUUUUUUUUAUAUACUUACAGUGAUAAUACUUAGCGGAGGUUUAUGAGAAACCUAUAGCUGGAUGAGAUAGCUGACCAGAUUGGCACUCUAAAAGCAUUUAGAAUAAAAAACAAAAUAUCUGGCAUCAUGGGGGUAAAAAUCUGAAUUGAAAUAAAAAUGGUGAUAAUUUUCCUUCUAGAUUUAUUCUUAUAGUUUGUGCAUGCAUGAGACUUCAGCAGUGACAUUAGCGCUUCAGCUCCAGGAGCCAAUCUUUUAACCUCUUUUUAUAAUAAAGGAAUAAACGUGCUUGAAUAUGUUGUACAAAAUUAAAAACGCAUUGGUUUCAAGUACUAGUAGUAGUAGUAGUAGUAGUAGUCUGAUUUUCCUAAUGGCAGUUUGUUGUGUGUGUUUUUUAGUUACUCGUCUGAAAUAUUUACUGGUAUAUUAAGAUGAAUUGACAUCAUCUUUAUUCAAAUUACCCAUUCAAAUACUCUGCAUUCUUUCUAUUCUCCCUUUGGGGUCUAUCGUGAGCUAUGCAUGCAUUACAGUGGAGCGUUUUUGAAGGGGAAUUCACAGGUUUAUUGAUAAUGCUGUAUGCGUGAUUAAAGUAAGCAGUGAAGCAGAAGGAAAAUCCCUGCUGCCCACCUUUUUAGUGUCACAUUUUCUGAUUUUAGCAUGCUUGUUUUAAAUUCUGUAAUUCACUCGAACCACAUGGCAUCUGAUCUGAACUCUGAGACUGUUUCAGAUCGCUACCUACACACUGCACAUGGUGUUUUUAUGUUAUUUGACAUUGACUUGAAUUAAUAUCACAGGAAAACCUGCACUUUCAUAGACUAGAUUGACGUCACAUUUAACUAAUAAUGAUAAGCUGACAUUUAUUAUUACUUUUUAGAGGGUGUUCAACACCUUGCUAUCAAAGAGGACAACUCAACAUUCAUUUAACUUCUUUCAAAUCAGUUAAUAAGUAAAGCAGAAACAAUUCUAACCAGUGAAGGAACAUUUAAUUUUUUCUAUUCGUUAUUUUAUGUAACUGUCUUAUACUUACUCUGCUUGUUUCUCAUGCUUCGAUCGUUCAUGACUGGUUGCUAAUACAUAAAUUGUUUUUUACUGGAGUAGAAAGCAAGGAACUUGGAAGAUGUUUUUUUUUCUUAUGUACUAAAAAUAUCCUAAUUGUCAAGCUACAGUUCCCUUCUGCAUGUGCUGAGUCACAUUCCUUACUUUAAGGGAUUCUGAUUAUGUUUGCUUCUUUUUAGAAGCUUAACAGCCACCCUAGGAAGGAAUGGAGACUGCACAGUAGUGCUAUUUUAAUAUUUUGUGGGACUGUGUCCUGCCCUUGGUGGCAUCCAUGAGGGCUGUUUUCAUCUCCUGUCAGGACAAUCCUGGCUAAGCCACAGAGGAGUUCUGAUUUGAAGGCUUCUUAACUCAUUACUGCUGUAGUUGCAUGUUUCUUCUUCCUUUUUUUGUAUAUAAUGUGUCUCACAUCUUUCUCAUUAAACCCUCUAAGGUGGAAAUAUAAUUUCGACAAUAGUACUUCAGCAUUCUUUAUUUCAAUUUAACACUUUUUUUUGCAGAAAUUUGUUUUUGUUUGACACAUGUCAAUUUAUUUUGCUGUACUUUUGUGUACACAGCUGUUUAGCUAUGCAAUGUACAAACAAAAAAAUUUAAUUUACAAAAAAGAAAAUGUUUGAAAAUAACAUAGAAGCAUCCAAUGUUAUAGUGAUGUCUACAGGAACAUGGGAGUGACAAAGAUCUCAACCAUUCAUCGUCCUCCAAUUCCCACCCCUAGCUGAUGUAUAAGCAGACCUGCCAGUUCUCAGUUUUACCAAAAAUUACCCUUAUAUUGCAUUUGAAUUUAUACUGAAAUGUCAGAGCUGUUAGAUGAUAUACAUUUGAAAAAAUGUGGGCUACUACAUAGUAUGCACGGCUCCAAAAAUUGAAGAUCUGACUUUGCAUGGUCAUAUUUCAGUCUGGACUUCUCUCGAUUGAGCUUUUCUUAGUCUUGUUUUUAAUUAUUUUUUUUAUGUAUUUUUUUUUUAUAUUAAAAUCUUAAUUGAAUAUUUUCAAAAGUGGGUAAAGGGUACCAAACAAAAGGAAAGGGAGGAAGGGGUAAUAUCAAGGCAUCACAAUCUGGUUGUGUAAAUCUUUUACGUUGUAUAGUGCAUCAAACAACACUUACACAGUGGUUUUCCGAUUUCAACCUGUCAAGUAAACUUGAUUCACUUACAACAUAUGCAAAGUAUUAAUCGUCCACUAAAAGAAGGAAAGAUGGGAGAUAUACUGGCGCUUCAGCAAAACCUCACACAUCCAAGCCCUGUCCCAUUCUUCAUGCUUUCUAUAUCAUAAAUUAGGUUGUCAUUGGUUAUUUUGGUGUAGGUAAACCAUAAGCUUGAAUUUAAUACAUAUGGUAAGGUCAGGAAUUCUUUACACAGAAGCUACUGAAUGAAACCCUCUGGGCUAAACCACACUUCUUCCUAUUUACAUAUGAAUCAUUUCUGCCUUGUUAGAUGUGAGGUGUCAUUGGUUGUCAGAUGCCUGACUGAAAUCCUAUGGGCCUACAGUUUUCAUAUAUCACUAUAUCCGUAUGUAGGACUUUCAUUUACAGAACGGCAUAAAGAGGAAUGGAAACACAUUACUAAAAAUAUGUGACAUUUUGAAAUUACUGUAGACAUUCCCAUGGCUCUGAACUCUGCUUUUGUUUCUCUUUUGAAAGUACUUUUUAUUUGUGUAAACAAAAAAAAUAUAUAUAUUUUUUUUUUUUUUUAACUGUAUGGAUAGAUACGCCAUCCAGGCAUUUUACAAUUGUGCAUCUGUUUAAAAAAAACCAAAAUCUUAUUUUAUUCUUCAAUGGAUACGUUUAUCAAAAUAUCAAUUCUGAAUUUGACUCAGAUUUUUCCUAAAUGUCUUUGCAAACUAGCCCCGAUAUGCUUCAGUGCUAUCAGUUCUUCAGAUAAUUUCAAAAUUCAGAAUAGUCAGGUGUUUAAAUAGAAACACCUGAAGCCGCCGUGUUUGUAGAUGGCAAUCAAAAUGGCUGAUACUCUCAUUUGUAAAUAAGAACGCGCCUUCAGGUAUCCAUCAUACUUUUAGAACACCAUGCCCAGUACAUUGUAAAAACAGAUUUCUCGCAGAUAUCAUUUUAGCAUUUUAUCUGCAGAAAUCUAUUAUUUUCAAUUUCCUCCGUGAUUGGUGUACGUCCCCACAUCAUUCACCCAUUUGUAGAUAAUAUAUCAUCUUUCACUGCACAAGUUCGGUUGAGCAGCAGUUGGUCAGAUAGCAGUAGAGUCUGACCCAACAUAGCUGCUCAGCCAGAUAAAUAUGUGCAUUUUUUUUGUUAAAUAACAAAAAAAAAAAACAACAAAAAACAAUAUACAUAAUAAAAAAAAAAUAAAUAAAAGUGAAAAUGUAAUACAUUGGCUUUGAAAAUGUAUGGUGGUUUUAUGCAUUGUUGAUGGGUGUAAACACUUUACACUAUAUAAAAUAACUCUUCUGAAGUUCCUGAGCUUUCUAGAUGCAAAGCAACAUCGUGCCUUACAAAGUGUAAAUAUUUUGAAUCUCUUAUCAGACUCUCUGUAGCGUUGCUUCCUUGAAUGAAAGGUCUUUACCUUCACACCGUGCGUAGUUUAUAGUGUGGUUAACAUUAGUAAUACUUUGUUUGUUUGCCUUUGCAGGUUACCUUAUUUACAACUCCCUAGUUCAACCAUUAAUUGGAAUAAGCUGUAAAAAAGUUGUUUUCCCUCUGGGUGUUUCUUUUUAGAAUAGCUGCUAUGUGGUAUAAAACCUGGCAUAGUUCCAGGUAUCGAGAAUCUUAUCAACGUGUGCCGAAAUCUGAUUCACAUUGCAAUUACAUAAUGUCAUUCACUUUACAACAGGGCUGGUCAGAAGGAAGAUACCCAACAAAUAAUGAAUAUAAGGGGUGGGGGGACUAGUUAAAAAAAAAAAAAAAAAAGGAUUGCUUCCAUCUGAAACCCCUGCUAUCAUGAAUAUUAGAAGUUUUUAAAAGGGGCGCAUCUUCACUUUAUACCCAGUCAUUUGUGAGGAAUUUUGUUUUUUUUUUCUUAUGCUCUGUGCGCACUUCACUUUUAUGUUGUGAUGAUGUUGGUGAAAGAGGCAAACCGUUUUAUAGCAAGAAAUGUGCUUUCAGUGCUGCUCUAGUGUAAUUAAAAUUGAAAACAUAGCGGAUGUACUUGCAGGUGAUGCUUAUUUGGGAGAUAAUAAAUUGCAUCAUUUUCUGUUGCUUUGAGUUUUAGGCAACUGUUGGUUUUAGACUCCAUGAAUUUAAAUUUGUAAUCUACAAUUCCCUUUUCCCAUACGUUUCAUUCCUUCUAAGUUUUAGAAAUCAAAUUGAACUGUGUUGCAUUUUGUUUGUGUUGGUUCUUUUUUUUAUAUAUAUUUUAUAUUUUUUUUAUUUAUUUUUUUAUUAUAUCAAAUGUUUUAUUUUGUUGUGAACAGAAAAGAGAAAAUAUCAUCAUGUUAUCAUGAGACUUGCAGGUCCCUGAAGCUUUAGGAAGCAUUUGGUCGCACAAAACCAUACCAGUAAUUGCGUAAGGAAGUUAUGUGAAUUGUAUAUGUCUAAUCAUGGUUUACACUUCAGUAACCGUAUUUCAAAUGUUGUUGUUGUUAAUUAAAGAGAAUAUUAGUUAAAACAGAGAAAAACAGGUACGGAGAAACAUAAUCGUCUGUUGUUCUUCCCAGCUUGUGUUGGUUCUCUAAUGUUAGACCAGUGUAUCAAUAAUAAAGUGAAUAUCAAUCAGAAAGGGUUUCUACUGGCACCAGUCUAAAACAUAACUUUGACAGCUUUUUUAUUUUUGAAAGUUUAGAAAUGUGGCCCUCUUUUUAAUGUCUGGGUGCUACUGUUGAAUCACAUUAUACUUAACUAGAGGAGAAAAUAGUGCAUUCCUGAAUCUUGCUUUCAAAUACAAAGCAUUUAGUAUUAGUCAUCAAAUAACAAUCACAGCAAUGUUUUGGUACGGUACAAAGGCCUUUUAAUAGGCAGGUAUAUAUUUUUUUUCUCAUUAUUUCCUACAAUCAAACAUGCAACUAAAACCUGCUCAAUAUAAACCAAAUAGAAUCACUACUACCUUUGUGCAUCCCCACAAGUAUACACCACUGUAAACCAUCAAUAAAAAAAAUAAUAAUAUUGUGUGGAUCGUUGCAGUCAAAUAUUAGGAAUUUACACCAAAUUUUUAGAUCUUUAAUUCCUCUUCAAAUUAAUUAAAAUGUGUGAAUGCCAUGUGAUUAAAAUUGUUCUGGUUAGAAGUGCAUGCAAUGUUAAACAAUCCAACAAGCAAAAAAGUAAUUUGUGUGUUUAAUCACUAUUUAAUCAAAUAUUCCUUGCAGCAACAUACAUAAAAAGGAACAAACACAAUUGUGUAAUAGUAUUUGUUUCUUAAAUUUUUUUUGUUAAACUUUUUUUUUUUUUUUUUCGGUUUUUGAGAUCACACUGUAUGUUCUAAUCAUUAUGACAACUUAUCUUUUUAUCCUGCUUUUUUUUCCUUACGCCAAAAUAUAAACUUUGGUUGGCUAGGUGAAUGUGUACAUAUUAUUGCUAAGUGAUGCAUUAAUAGUGAUCUCAUCGAACUGUGUGUGUACCUUCCAGUUUUUUGUGAAUUAUUCUCUUUUCAACUGAUACUUGUUCCGGUAAAAAAUGUUGAUUCUAGACUCGCAUUUGUGGCUACUUUCUGUUUCUUACAGAUAUAACCCACAUAUUUGUAACUGAAGCACAAGGCAAAGGAGGAAGUGUAUUACACUACUAGUCUUGUGUUUCUUCUCGUUUAAACUAAAAUGAAGAGUUUUUUUUAUUUUUAGAAAAUGGUUAUGGCGUUACCAUUUUUAAUCUCCAUUACAGGAAGUCUAGUUUCUGGAAUUCACCAUAAUUUUCUUACUCAAUAGGGAAGUAGUGUUUUUGUGAAUUAUAAUUUAAGCUUUUAUUGUGUACAUGUUGUGUACAUGUUCUGCCUUAUGUUCUGCCUUAUACGAUAUAAAGAUACAGUGCCGAUAUCACAGGACUAUAAAGGCAUAUAUGAUAAAAAUAACAAUACAGAAGUUCUUUCUGGUCUUUUUUUUUUUGGUCUCCUUGUAAUGUGUAUGCCCUGGUAAUUAUUAUUAUUUAUUUUUUUAAAACUGGCAGUCUCUUCUAUCAUCUGGGACCAAAUUAGUAGCUUCAAACUGGGUAAGCUGUGUGCCGUGCUACAGUGAGCAUUACAAACCGCUCUUUAUAUUACUGUGGCCAAAGUUUUGCGUUCACUAGGCUGCACGGUGUCAUCAGAUGUGAUCAAGGCUUAUUUUAUGCUCCAACAGCUUGAUCACAUUAGCAGACAUUUUUGACAACAUUGCCAAAUGAAAAGUGUCAGUAUGGCAUAAUGUAUUUACUUUAGCGUAUUUUUAAAACUAUAGGGGACAGGUUUUUAUUUAAUUUUUACCACUAAAUGUGGGGUACACAAUAUGCUAGAGUCCUGAACACCAGGGAGCGCUGUCUCUCUCCUCCUUGGUCAAAUAUAAAAUGCAGGAAGUGGGGAUUAUACUUCAGUAAAAAUACAUAAAUACCAAACCCCUCUCACCCUCCCUACACAACUAUUAUUAUUAUUAUUAUUAUUAUUAUUAUUAUUAUUAUUUUGAUAUUUAUAGAGCGCCAUCAAAUUCUGCAGCACUUUACAAUGGGUGGACGAACAGACAUGUAGUUGUAGCCAGACAAGUUGGACACACAGGAACAGAGGGGUUGAGGGCCCUGCUCAAUGAGCUUACAUGCUAGAGGGAGUGGGGUAAAAUGACACAAAAAGGUAAGGAUAGUAUUAGACUAGUGACAGUUGCUAUUAACAACUAUUAACAAUUUAAUUGAUACGCUUUUAUGAAGAAGUGGGUUUUUAACGAUUUUUUUGAAGGAGUGGAGACUGGGUGAGCAUCUAACGGAGGAGGGAAGCGAGUUCCACAGGAACUGUGCAGCUCUCGAGAAAUCUUGAAGGCGAGCAUCAGAGGUGGGAGUACGGACAGAAGAUAGAUGUAAGUCUUCAGCAGAUCGUAAGGGCCUAGACGGGACAUACUUGUGUAUAAGGGAGGAUAGAUAGGUGGGAGCAGCAUUAUGUAGAGAUUUGAAAGCAAGAACCAGAUUUUUAAAUUGAGCUCUAUAUUUUAUAGGAAGCCAAUGUAGGGACUGACAGAAGGGUGAGGCAUGGGAGGUGCGGGCGGACAGGAAGAUGAGCCUCGCCGCCGCAUUCGUUAUUGACUGUAACGGCGCAAGUAAGACCACUGAGAAGAGGAUUACAGUAGUCAAGACGAGAAAGGACAGUGGAAUGGACCAACACCUUAGUCGCAUCUGGCGUUAAGUAGGGACGGAUGCACGCAAUGUUUUUGAGAUGGAAAUGACAGGAUUUGGCGAUAGAUUGAACAUGAGGCUUGAAGGAGAGGUCGGAGUCAAAGAGAACACCUAGGCAGCAAGCCUGCGUGGUGGAGCUGAUGGUAGCACCGUUGACUUGGAGGGAGACAGACACAGGAGUAACAACACUUGAGGGAGGAAAGACCCGAAUUUCAGUUUUGGUCAAGUUUAGUUUAAGGAAGUGGGCAGCCAUCCAGUUAGAAACAGCAGCGAGGCAGUCAGAGACACUAGUCAAGAGGGACAGGGAGAGAUCAGGAGAGGACAGGUAGAUUUGCGUGUCAUCUGCAUAGAAAUGAUAUUGGAAGCCAAAGGAGCUAAUGAGUUUACCAAUGGAGAUAGUAUAAAUGGAGAACAGUAGGGGACCAAGGACUGAACCUUGGUGGACACCAACAGAGAGGAGUUGGGGAGAAGAAGCAGAGCCAGAGAAAAAAACACUUAAAGAGCGCUGGGAUAGGUAGGAGGAGCACCAGGAGAGAGCAAUAUCUUGUAGACCGAUAUUGCGGAGGAUGAGAAGAAGCUGUUGAUGAUCAACAGUGUCAAAAGCCACAGACAGGUCAAGGAGAAUUAGGAUAGAGUAGUGACUACAAGAUUUUGCAGCGAGUAGAUCAUUGGAUAUUUUGGUCAGUGCCGUUUCCACAGAGUGCUUAGUGCGGAAACCAGACUGAAGCGGUCUAUCAGAGAGUUGGACUCGAGGACGUCUGUCAAUCUCGUAUACACAAUUUUUUACAAUAGAGCUCCUUCCUGCCCCACCACAUAAAUUCACACUCAAUGCAUCCACUAUACACACAAAUUAUAUUCACUGAACACACACUACAUCCCCUACAAAUGUAAUGCACAUUUCCUAAACACUCACAAUAAAUGCCAUAUGCCCAAAUUCAGUACAUCUCCUAUACCCACACAUGCUGCAGCCCAUAUAUAAGAUAACGUUUAUAGUAAUUUGUGCAUUGGUGUUAUGGGGAAGGCCUAAUGCGUGCUGGUAUCGUCGGAGAAGUGCUCCAGCCACACUGAAAUUGGUUAAGUGAUAAAAUAGUUAUUUAACCUUUUACUUUUCGCUGUGGGGGCUGCAGAGCAACACUAUAGUAUUCCUUUAAUUAAGAUGGGUGGGGCAGAGCAACACUGUAGAAUUCCUUUAAUUAAUAAGCCUGAAACAACACUUUUAUUAGCUUUUGUAUCUAAGUAACGCAUUUAAAGCAUUCGGUAUGCAGAGUAAAGAAACAUUUUCUAUUUUUAAUAUCCAUUUAUUAUUUAUUUAUUUGUGUAGUACACUUCCCUGUCCUGUCUGACCUUAUCAAAAAAGAAACUGGAAGAACUGUCUUUUCCUGUUUCUUUGAUGUGUAGAUCUUUGUGUCCUCAUUUACUCACGCACAAUUGGUGUCUCAUGACUGAAUUAAUCAACAUCCAACUUAACAGGUCACAUGUCAUCCAGAAUAGGAAGCUGUUCAUAGCCUAAUGACAAAUUCCAUAGAUAAUAACUUUGAGCUUCUUUCGCCUAUGUUGGGUGCGACCUACAUAUACUUCUGGCUGUGUAGUAAUCAUUAUUGAGGAACUCACUAGAUUUGUCAGUACAGUGUGUUUAUUUGCUCAAUUCAUCAAGUAAAUGACAUAAUUUUCAUGUGACUGGCAUACCAAUAUAUUUUGUAACAUCUUAAUCAUUGCUGUCUAAUUUUAAGGUCCAUGAGUAGAAUGUAAUCUGUGCUGUUGUGAUCCAAUAGUACUGGUUUAAUUUUAAGGUACCAGGAGAUUUGAAAUAAAAAAAAAAAAAAUAAUCAAACAAAUCUCACAAACAGAUAUCAUCUUCUAUUGAUUAAAGGAAAAAAAGUUACCUACGCUCUCUCCUUAUUCCCUAUGUAUAUUUAAACAAAUGGAGGUCAUUUAGUUAGACGGGUCCUACUCUGACCCCUCACCUUGUUUCCUUGAGCUUUUGGCAAAGAUAUCUCUAAUGAGACAGAAAGGGGUAUUUUUUAUAUAUACCCCUCUAUACUUAUUAACCUUUAAUAGGAAACACAUGGGAUGGGUGGCAGCAUUGUAACCUAGCUGUGUGAUACAAAUAGUGAUUUCAAAUACAAAAAGAAAAGUCCUGCGCUCACUCCCAUCACUCCUGGGCAGGACUUUUCUUUUUGUAUUUAUCGUCUAUUGAUUGAUAUUUUUUUUUCUGGAGCAAGUAAAAAAAAAAAUAAUAAUAAUUGUGUAUGUAUGUGUCUAUACGUGUGUGUGUGUGUGUAUUGUAAUUCUGGCAUUAUACUAUAGAGAUACAGUAUGUUCAUGUUCAUUAUUGAUACAGCAAUAAAAAUUUUUAUAUUUAUAAUACUUACUGCUGAUUGUGUUGUUGUGAUGCUAGGAAGCUGUGGGCCCUAUUUGCUUUUAAGUGCUAUAGUGAGGAAAUCGUGCUUCCUCAUUAGGUUCUUGUACAAUGUGGACACCUCAUUCUUUUCAUUGUUGUCUCAAGCCCCUGGUAACACUGUGUUCCAAGAACUUGGAUGGGCAAAGGAGAAGUGAGAGUUUGUCAAACUGAUCGAAAGUGGUUUAACAAAUAUAAAUAUACGGGAAUGCAUCCCUUGCAUUCUAGUGCUACAGUACAAUCUAUACUGAUUGUGCUACAAUGUCAGAAUGCUGUAUGCUUAAAAAUAACAAUCACAUUAAAGGAACCCUGUAGUAGAUAAUUUACUGCAAACCAAUUAGUUUGAAUGACUAUCUGUUCCUGUCCGAAUUAAAGAUAAUAAAGUUGCGUGCACGCAGAAGUAAAUUCACACUGAGACACAAGGUUCAGGGUAAUGAAAGAACUUCAGAGAAGUUUAAUGGCUUCUGACAGAAAAUGGGUGCGCAGACCCUUUUAAAGGCAUUAUUACAUCAUUGAAGAAAAUCAAGAUAUAGACAAAUAGACAUUGUUAAUUGGCUUAGGUGCUAAGAUGUUAGUAAAAUGCCCUCCCUAUGGGGUGUACCAUCUUAAGUCACUAUCUACGUCAUGCUUUUCUCCCCCAGGUUUUAGCGCCAUUUUGCUAACAUGAGGAGCUCACUCGACGGGAGGGGCCUUUUGGCAGCUAUCCAUUUAGAGCGUAACUGGCACUUGUUACUUUCUCAAGGCUAGGUUUCAAGGCUUUUAGUAAAUACACAUUUUAUCAAAGCUAUUUCUUGCUGACAUGCAAAUUCUAUGUUCUAUAGACAAAGCUUUCUUGUAAAACUAUGGGGGCCUCUUAGAGGUAUAGCAAGAGGAUUUAAAGGGGCCUUACAGAUUUAUAGAGGCCUAAUAAUUCUACAACAACCCUACAAGUAUUAUAUUCCCUACUCUACCGCUGUUCCCUGUCAUUCCCUCUGUGUAAGGAAUAAGAUCCCAUUUUUGGCCAUUUAGGCUUCACUGAUUGCAACUACUACUCAUCAGCUACACAAUUAGCAGGCUGUCUUAGACAAUGAGCCAACGCUUUUUUACAGUUCUUCGGUAGUAGUAGUAAUGUAGAUGUAGAUCGGGCCAUGCGCACUGUGUUAAAUGUCAAACUGUUCAAAAACAAUUUGAUUUUGUACACUCAAUUGGCAAUCAUUACACUCCUUACAGAUAACCUAUUGUCACUUUCUGUAUAGAGAUUUUUUUUUAUUUAAAUGCUAUUAUUAUUAUUAUUAUUGAACAGUAUUAAUGCUGAUGGGUUUGUCAAGCAUAUAUUUCCUUAGUUGUUGUUUUUUUUUUCAUAAAAUAACAUGACUUUUUUCUUAUUUGUAGAUUAUUAAUCUAAUCAAUUUCAUUUCUAAAUGUUCUAUUAUUGGAAUACUGAUAAAUUGCAUUCUUAGGGCCUUUAAAAAAUGUAUUUAUACAAAAGAAUUCCUUAUUGUCAACCCCUUCUUUGUCAACAACCCCUUACAUUGUCAACCCCUUCUUUUGUCAAAAGGAAAUCCUAGUUUAACAAAAAGUAUUACUUAUUCCAUUAAGCACAGCUGCAGAACCUGUUGACAUUUUCUUAAUGAAGCACUAACAAAUUGGCAAUAAUUCUUUAAUUCGCUUCAGGACAAGCAGAUAAUCAAAUCCUGUGAUUUCAUGGCAGUAGUAUCAUUAUUUGCCAUGAAGUGGUUAAUGUGCACAUACAAAGAUGACUGUUUUCUGUUUGUGGGAUAAUGGAUACCUGGCUGUUUGUGAAUGCAGUCAUGUGCUUGAUGUUGUGAAACCCAUGGACAAGAGGUUUGCAGAGUGUGUAUUUUUAUACACUGACCAACAAUGUAAUACAUUUAAUCUAAUAUCCCAGUCAUGCGGAGAGAUAAUAAUUUCAUUGUUUCAAUUGUUUACAGUUAUUAUUUGAGAUGUUCUAUUGAUAGUCCAUAUAGGACUGCUAAAUUAGUUUUGUAAUGUUAACUAUACAUUUUCUUACAAUGUGCAAAUAUAUGAUUUUUCAUAUAUAGGAAGAUAACUCGCCCAAAUGAUUAAAGUAAAAUUAUUCUGACGUUAUACUAAAGAGAUACAGUGCUUUAAAGUUCAUUAUCAUUGACACAGUAAGAACAUGUCUUGUUCUUUUUCAGUAAUAAAAUGCCUUCCUAUUUACACAGGCAUGGCUUUUAAAGAUAGUGGCAAACAGUACUUUGGCAUAAACUCGUAUUAUUAAACUUGAUCCAGUCACAAGUGUAAGCCCGUCAUACACACAAGAAGCCAAAGCAGGUUAAUUUGUUAAUAUUAAUAGCAGUUGACAUCUCAUGGUACAAAUUUCAUCCACAUAACUUGGUGAUCAUGGAUUUAGAUGCAUCUUAUGUAAAAUCUCUGGAAUAGAAUCACUGUGUCAAAAAAGGAAAUUUGCUAUGUAUGAAUUUGCUAUGUAUCCUUAUGGAAUUUUAUGUACUUUUUCUUCCCUGAGUUGUCUUGAGAUGUGAAUAUUCCAUUUCACCACAAUUCACUUUUUUGUAAAAAAAAAUAAAAUAAAAAAUAAAAACUUAGUACAACUCAACAGGUAGUUCAAACAUUUUCAAUAAUGCUCCAUGGAAAACAUUACUUAUUCUACAUUGGGAAAAGUGAAUCAGAUUUGUCCAUACAGAGCGGUUACGGAAGCUCUCUUGCAUGGGCAGUCUGUGUGAUUAAAUGUAAUGAAAUGCUUGCUUAAUUUACUCUAAUUCUUCUAAUUACACCAGCACACAAAAGAAUUUCAGAAUAAAUCUAGUUAAUUAAAUUAACCAAAUUGGGCACAAACGUGUUGUAACACCCACUUAUUUGUUAUGUGCUAUCAUAAUGUUUGAAUCUAAAUAAGAUGAAUGUCCAUAUUUAAUAAUGGCGAUUGUGAUAAAUUCUAGAAAAUAAUGCAUAUAAAAUGUUAAUGUUUAAUAGAUAUAUGGCAACAAAUUAUAAAAUAACUCAAAAUACAAUAAAUGAACAAAAAUACAACAGUCAAACUACUAUUAUAUAACAAUAACAUUUCUUCUUGUAUGUGCCCCUCCUUCUCUGUUAAGAAACCAACAAAACUCUGAUAGACUGACAGUGGAGGCAGUCUUACUCCUGCAAAGUAAUCAUUGCAGUUCCUAAAAGGUGUAAUGUUUUAUAUUUAAGGAUUAUGUGAGAAAGGGAAGGAUAAAGUGGUCUGGGUGCCCAUAGUGUCCCUUUAAAGGAACACUAUAGGGUCAGGAACACAUACAUUUAUUCCUGACCCUAUAGUGUUAAAACCACAAUCUAGCCCCCCAUGGCCCUUCAUGCCUCCCUAAAUAUAGCAAAAUCUUACUUGUAUUCAAGCCUGAAGCUGUAAAUCUGCAUGCUUUUUGCCUCAAAAUAGCAAGCUAUCUGCUGCCAUCAUCAGAAGUGGCGGCCUGAUCCAAUCACAGUGCUUCCCCAUAGGAUUGGCUGAGACUGACAAGGAGACAGAGCAGGGGCAGAGUCAGCACAAUUCAAACACAGCCCUGGCCAAUCAGCAUCUCCUCAUAGAGAUGCAUUGAAUCAAUGAAUCUCUAUGAGGAAAGUUCAGUGUCUGCAUGCAGAGGGAGGAGACACUGAAUGUUUGGAUGCAUUUUAGUCAGCUAUGAACCAGCCAUCUAAGCCAUCUAAGGAGUGACCAGUGAAGUUAUCACUAGGCUGUAAUGUAAACACUGCAUUUUCUCUGAAAAGACUGUCCUUACAGCAAAAAGCCUGAAGGUAAUCAUUCUACUCACCAGAACAAAUUCAGUAAGCUGUAGUUGUUCUGGUGGCUAUAGUGUCCCUUUAAAUUACAGGUUGUUAGAAUGUAUUAAGUUGUAAAAUUAUACAUUUUUAGAUGAGGAAUAGCCUAAGGUAAGGAUAUAGGCUUGCAUGGGUGGGAAGUGCAAGCUAAGAUAGCAGUAGGAUUCUAACUGAAAAAUGCAGAGCAAUGAUGAAUGGUGUUUUAAAGAAGCCGCAACAUUUAUUUAACAUGUAAGGUGAAUGGAAGAUUGUGAUGGAAGGCAAAAAGUUGCUAUUGUUUACUUUUGAAAAGGUCUCAGAAGGUAUAUGAUAACAUUCUACAAACAUACUGUAUAUAAGGACAGUACAAACUGCUUUCUGGUGACUUAUUUAUUAAGAACAUUGUACAAACUACAAUACGUCAUCCAUUGAGAUUUGAAGAAAGGGGAUUUCACGUCCGAAGUAGGCAAGGAUUCUUUACAGUAGAAAAACAAACCAAAAAAAAAAACCCUAAACUCUGACUAAAGAUGAUGUUUUAUCAGUUUUUUUCUUUUUCAAAGCAGGUUAUUCAGUUAUUCUAGCAAGUAUGUUUUGACAGCUUGUUGAUCCAGAGAUAAAUCCGUUCUCAAAAAGUUUUUUUUUUAUUUAUUUAAAAAUGAAUACCCACUGUAGCCCCUACAAAUUUACUGUGUGUGUGUUACUGUAUGGUAUAAAUAUGUUUGUGUAUGUAUAUAAUAUAUAUAUUUUUUAAAUUUCUGGUAUUUUAAUUAAGAUUGUUGCUAUUUCAGAGCUAGCUGAUAUCUUUAAAAUACUUGUGGAGGACAAGAGAAAUGUGCUUGAUUUGUGAAGCUGUAAAAACACUGCCACAUGUUUCCCUCGGCAUACCAAGAGAAAUGUCCCAUUGUCUUUCAGUGCCAGCUGGUAUUAUGUAUAUUUGUUUUUUGGCCAGUGGCUCAUUUUGAGUUUUACAGCAGAGUAAUGGGAAAACAAAUUGCAAUAAUCUAGGACAUCUUUUACUUGUUCAGUAAAUAAAAGCACAUCAUUUCCCAAUUUAGACUCUGGGCUUCACUAAGCUCAGGACACAUUGUAGGACUCUAUUUAUAUGCCUCUUCAGUGAGUGCUGAAAAACAUGUCCUGCUUGUAAAUUCUUCAAAAAAAUCAAUAAAUGUCUACUUUUUAUUAAAAUACAAGGUCACUGACAGUUACCAUAAAACUGCAAUAUUGACAAGUGUAUUCUAUCCAAAUUUCCAAAUUCCCUCCUAAUAUUAUGAUUACUUAUCCACAAUAGAAAUCUACAGCUUAAAGGACCACUCUAGGCACCCAGACCACUUCAGCUUUAUGAAGUGGUCUGGGUGCCAGGUACCUCUAGGAUUAACCCUUUUUUUUUUUAUAAACAUAGCAGUUUCAAAGAAACUGCUAUGUUUAUACUGAGGGUUAAUCCAGCCUACAGAGCCUCUAGUGGCUGUCUCAUUGACAGCCGCUAGAGGCGCUUGCGUGCUUCUCACUGUGAAAAUCACAGUGAGAAGACGCCAGCGUCCAUAGGAAAGCAUUGUAAAUGCUUUCCUAUGCGACCGGCUGAAUGCGCGCGCGGCUCCUGCCGCGCAUUCAGCCGAUGACGUCGCGAGCAAGGAGAAGAGGAGGAGUACAGCUCCCCGCCCGGCGCUGGAGAAAGGUAAGUGUUUAACCCCUUCCUCUCCCCAGAGCCUGGCGGGAGGGGGUCCCUGAGGGUGGGGGCACCCUCAGGGCACUAUAGUGCCAGGAAAACGAGUAGGUUUUCCUGGCACUAUAGUGGUCCUUUAAUAUAGCCCAAAAAUACUCUUCAUGGGUAUUACAGCUGCAACAUAGGAUAAGAUUUUCAAUGACUUAAUAUUGUUGGAUGAACUUUUACAUUUACCAUUUUAAUGAUUGUCAGUUAAAGUGCAAUUGUAACAUAAGUGGAGGUAUAUAUCCUGAUGCAAUCUGUUCUAUUGUAAACCAUAAUAUAUGCAUUCCUUUACUAGAAAAUUAUUGCGUGUCUUUCCACAAAAAUAAUUGAACUGGGAAAGUAGCAGAUAUUCUGUAUUAAGCCAUUUUGCAUGUCUACCUAAAACAACGCAUCUUUAACUUGUACAGAAUGAAGAUCUGCAUAUUGGUCUGUGUUUACAAUACUUUAAUUUGUUGUACUAACAUCAUGUCUCACAAAGUGGCUUUUAUAAUUACCUUUUUAUUUAUUUUUAUUAAUUAUUUUUACUACACGGCUAUUUAAAAAAAAUGUGGUUUGUAGUUCACAGGAAGGACUUGCUCAACUGUGCAUUUAGAAAAGACUAUUUCGCAGUAAAUGGUGACAUAAUGCCAUUGCCUGAUCAGGUGAAAUUAAAAGAAUUUGCUUUUUUUUUUUUCUUUCUGUGACUCCAUUCAGUGUUUUGAUGAUGCUCUGUGAUUGUCAUGAGGGUAGGCUAGAAUAGUGGUGGGGUGUAUAACUCCGUCACUCUGCUUUCUCCUGUAUUCUUACUGUAUAUCUUGUGGCUUUACCAAAAUUACAGCGCCUAUAUAAACAGCAAGACUUCCUCUUUUUCUAGCAAGCAGGGAUAGAGGUCAGAGCAUCAUGUGAUUGCAAUGCUCUAUCUGUAUCACAUUAGAAUGUGGUCGAAUACAAUUUCAAGCAGUUCCAUGUGAGGAUUUGUUCUUGUGAAAAAAAAAUGAGUUUCAUGUCGUGAGUGGUUGCCUAAUCUAGUGGGGUUACUCUUGUUCGCUGCCAAACCAAUCAUCACCAUACAUGCACAAAAUAUGAAUCUAAUGGUGCUCAAGUAGAAGGCAUUAUUAUCAUUAAUAAUGUUAACAUAGCAUUAUGUUAAAAUUUGUUAGACACAGGCAACUAUAAAGUGUUUGUCUAGCCUAGGGUGCUGUUAAAUAAACACUAUAUGCUGGAGCUGACUUUUCAUUUUUGUAUUUGCUUAAAAUCCACUUGUUUUAAUCUUCUGCACUGAGCCGUCACCCAAGCCAGGAUGUAGUUUAGAAAAUCUCUCUGCUCCCUUAGUGUAUUUUCUUAUGUUUUUUUUUUUAUAUAAGAUUACCUUGUAAAUCUUAUUCACCAUCUUCUUAAACACCUCACACAUCCAUAGACCAUGGAUGUUGCAAGGUUUUAUGGGAGUUGUAGUUCAGCUCUAUUGAUAAUUCAAUGCAGCACUUUUAAACCAAUGUACAUUUUUUUGCAUUUUAUUAAAUGAUGAAAUUAAAAAAACAAAAAAAAUAGUCUGCAGGUACGGAGCUAAAGGAGUGAGUUAAAACACAAUGGUAAAAUGAACUCACACAGCAGAACUGUUACCUAGUUUAUCUGUGUGGGUGUAUGUAAUACCCCUUUAAUUCCUAGCACAUGUUAUAUUGCAUUCAAUGUGCAGCUUAAAUGUCAGAAUAACCUUUUUAUUAUUCUUAUUUUUAAAUGUGGGAAAUAAAGACACAAGUUCAAAUCUUCGUAAAUUGAUGGUGAGGAAAACGAGUCGUACAAUACCCCCCCGGUAUUGUGCUACUUAGUAACUGUAUUCUGACAGCUGCCUUGUCUAAUUUAUAGCUGCACUUCAUUAAUUGAAAGCAUCUCUGGGAUUGGUUGGCACAUGUGCUGCAGAUCCAGGUGGCAAGCACUGACAGUUCCAUGUCACAUGAUGGCUGUUAGUGCCUCCUUCACCAUUAGUCUGGAUCACAGCUUUGCACACAGGAAUCCUGCCGCUCCCAAGAAUGUCACCUCGGGUGGUGCAGAAUAGGCAGCAGGGACAGAAUUACAGCAAAGGCAUCUUCAUUUUGCAGCCCCCCCUCCUCCCUUCGUGUUUUGCUGUCUGACACUUUUUGGCUGAAGAGGUGCACAGCCACAGUUGCCAAGAGACCGUAGUCAGGUGGUUGAAGACAUAUGAGCUUUAUUUAAGAAGAGAGAUAAACUUGCCUGGCGCACAGAACUGUCAUCGUAGAGUCCCCAUCACUGAUAAUUAGUCUCUGGGUGGCCACUCUUUUUGCCAUAGAAGAGAGCAAACGCCACAGUGUUUUAAAGGAGAGCAGGACUGUUUUGCAGCCUCUUAAGAUUCAAAGCUGGUUAAAUGGAUCCUGAUGCAAAAGCACAGACUUUGCCUUUGGCAGCCGAAAGCUCAGAGGUGGCUAUUCUGGUGUGGCUAGUACUAGCCAGUUUGAAACACAGCAUGGACAGUGUAUUAUCCCAAUUACAUCUCUCCAUGCAUCACCUGACAGCCCUGUGCUUUGAGCUGAGCAUGGUUUAUUGCUAUUUUUAACAGCUGGGUGGGCCUGUGCGCUUUUCUCCCAGAGACUCUUACUAUCUCUUUCUCUUUUAUUUGUUUGUUUAUUUUUUUGUUUGUUUUCUUACUUAUAAAGAGUUUCUGCAAACGGUAAAGCUGCAGAGAGGAGCAAGAUGCAGUCCAGGUACCUGUAAAAGUUACCUAAUUCUACUUUUAAAAAUGUAUUUUCUUGUUCAUUGUCUACAAUAAACUUUACUUAUUUCACUGAUCAGAUAAACCUUGUAUCUCUAUUUUUAUCUUAAUCAUUUAAAGAAAAAUGUUUAUAAAUAGUCUGCAGCAGUCUCUGUGUAGGUAUUGUGUGGCACAGGUCUAAAACAAAUUUACAAUGAUAAAAAAAUUUCUACUGAAAUUCAUUUGUUCUUCUUACUUUAAUGACACAUCUUUAAUUAAAAUAAACAUGCUUUUUAUUUGCCCUACAUAUUUAUCGCAUUUUCUUUCUAAACUUUGAGUUCAUAUUCCAAUUUCCAUGUCACUUUCUAUAUCUAUAUGGUUUGUGGGGCAAAGUGUAAAAAAGCUGGGUAAUUUACAUGGAAACAAUGGAAUUUUCCUUGUGUGUGUUUAUUUCCUAACUGCCCAAUAAUGCUCUCUCUGUCGCUUUCUAUUAUAUAGAGAUAUAUCCAUGUAUCCAUAGGCCCAGUGAUGAUUUUUUUUUUUUUCCAAUCAGAGGAGAUUUUGAUGAAGCCUUCAAAUUAGAAAGAAAACACUUUUUGUUGAGAUUUCUUUUGAAAUUUAAUUUGGGUUGACCUUUUAUUUGUGUGUUUGAAAUGUACAUUAUUUCAUCUGUAAAAUCCAAACUACAGCAAAAUGUUUUUAAGUCACCUGUGGCCCUUAAAAACAAAUAAUAAAAUUAAAUACAAAAAUGUAUACAUCAUCUUUAAACUUUGAUGUUCCUCAAUCUAGUUGUUUUCUGAUAUCUUCAAGAUUGAUGAGUUUUUGUUCAGUCAAAUACUUCACCACAAUCUGCCAAUCCAGUGCUUCUCAAUCACAAAACACACACCCAGAAUCUGAUGUAGGCAUACUUAAGAUGCUGACGCCUGAAGUAAAAUAGUCCAUUAUUGAAUCUUAGUCCAAAACCCCUAGUGUCCGGUUGUCUUGACAGCCACCAGAAGCCUGAAAAUUGCAAAAUGUACUUUUAAUGUUGGAUGCAUGAACUGUUGAUUUUAUACAGCGCAAGUACUGAUUUCACCAGUCAAAAUAGCAGUUUUAUUUUUUUUCAACCUUGCAUUGACUAUGCCAUCUCAAAAAAUUGCAAAAUUUAAAUUACUUAUUUCUUUAUUUUUGCCUGUUGGAGGUGCUAUCUUCUGCUUUGUCAUGGGCGCCACCACUCACCUAAUAAAUUGGAGAUAUAGUGAAAGAUAAUGCAAAUGAGCAAUGCCCACUGAGCUGAAUAUAUAAUGUAGUGAAUGUGUUUGUUUGUGUGUAUGUGUGUAUAUAUAUGUGUGUGUGUGUGUGUGUAUAUAUAUAUAUUACAUAUACAUAUGUGUGUGUGUGCGCUAACAUUGUGACAAGCAUGCAAUUGAGAUAAGCUGCUGCUAUGUACAAAAAUAGACUAACUGCGUACAUUUUAUAAAUAGUUAUCUGUGAGAGAGAAAUGGUAGUAAUGCUUCACGUACCAGUGCUUGGAAAAAAAAAAAAAUAGGAUACUUGCACAUACUUGAAAGUAAUUUCGGGGAAAUCAAUAUUUGGUUUCUCUCUUAAAAUAAAACUGUUCGCUCCAUUCGGGAAAUCCUUGACAUGUCUCACAGUCUAUUAUUCUCUGAAUCCUCAGUUUACUGAAUAACCAUGAAAAAGUGAAUUUUUAAAUUGUAUGUCAACAGGGGGGAAUAUCUAACUUUAAAUUGGAAAUUCACUUUCAAUUCUCACUUUAGCAAAUAACCCUCUAUGUGUAUCUCCCACUCCAUUUAGUCCGUCCGAUGUUACUAUGUGAUUGUACUACUAUAGCAGCACAAAUAAUAUUCUGGUACUUGCUUAUUUGGUUAGUAGUGCAUGUCCACUGCUUCCCUGUGGAAGCAUUUUGUAUGAUCAUUGUGUAUCCUCUUAUUAUCAGCACUAGAGUCUCUGGAAAUACUCCUGGACUUGUCUUUGGAUUUCACACAUUCAUGUUCAAUGUUCUAUUUAGAUAGGGGUAUCACCUAUUCAUGUACUAAAGUGCACAUUUAUAUGGAAAAACCAUAAAGGGGUGGUGUGCGGAAUUGAUACACUGAUUCAUUUUGGUUAGGUAUGGCUUAGAACUGUAAUAGAGCUCCUGUAAUACCAAUGGAUACAAGUACUCACCCAGGAAAUAUUCUAGUAAAGCCUGGUACAUCAUUUGGGUGAGAAUUUGUUUAAAGCCUUGUAUGUAUGUAUGUAUGUAAGGCUGCUAGAUGUCCACAAAUAGUUGGUAAUUUUUAGCUACUAUGGCUGAAGUUAUCAUUGGGGGAUGUAGUGCAAACAAGGGUGAAAUGGUAAAAGCAGUGAUUGAGUGAGCAAUACCAGUACAUUAAACAACAUAUUUCCCUCCUUACAUGGUAAGAACCCAUGAGUCAUUAUAUGAGAUAAAGUCCCUCUCAUCCAGAGAAGAUGAGUAAAUCUAUAAUGCAAUGGUUCAGCGUGCUUUUUCAUCUUUGCCCCCUGUUCUAAAAACUUCAGUUCUGUUUGUAUUCCCAGAUGGAAGGUGAAUUCAUUGAAACUCUUACUGAAAUAAACAGGGCAACUUCAUGCAGAUUUUGCAGGUGUGGUGACCUUCCUAAACCAGGUAACAAUCACUGUGAUAACUGUGCCUAUUAGUGCCUGUAUCAUAUGUGGUCAUCAUUGGACGACCUAAGAGAGCAGAAUACUUGGUAUGUUGCCAAACAGGAUACAGGAGAAUCCACUAGGUAGAUGUCUACACCUCACUAAGGGAUCCUUUCCAACCCAUGCACUCCUUGGAAAUGCUUGACCUAUAGAGGACUUGGUGUUCCUCAAUAGGGGAGAGGGGCUAUCUUUUCCCAUCACCCUUACUGCCAAAGUUUUGUCAGUGGAUGUCUGCAGUUCUUUAAGGACACUUGGAGAUGGUUUGUCACGUCAACCCAGUUAGCACUACACUUCUCUAGGAUUGUUAGCAACAUACUGUCCAUGACACAUUUUUCUCCAUCUCAUCGUUGUCAGCAGACAUAAUAAAUACAGUGUUACCAGAUGCUACUGGAAUGGUCAGAGUUAAGGUAUGCUGGUGGGAAUAGACUUCUGGGGCCUCCAUUAAGUCCUAUGUAUUGGAAGUAGCACAGUACCUAAACCAAGUAAUAUGGGCACCAUGCUGCCAGCAUGUACAACUGUAAAGAAGAGGUGCAAGAACCCAGCUAAGCAGAGUUCUAGAGACCUUUAUCACUCACAUCGGAAUACAUACUUUGUUACUCAACAGAUUUGCAAGCAGAAUUUCCUUUGAUACUGUUGCUUAUUAGCAGCAGUGCCAAGCGGUGUCUGCAGAUUUUGAACUCCGCUUCCAGGGUGUUAUAGCACAGGCAACUGUACUAAUUUUAUUUCAAGGUUGUCAAGAUAACAAGAGCAUAUCCCAUGUGCUGACAGUCAGUUUUGCCAGGUUGCUGUGUGUAAAUGCCACUGGGCAUAUUAACUUGAAUGAAUUUGGGGCAUUCUGGAAAGUAAAUGCAUGAUGUCACUGCACGACCGUGAUGUUAGCAGAGUUACCGCAUUGACCAGAUCCAAGAGUCCUGAUGAAAAAUACUUCAAAGAUGUUUCCUUGUUAGUGACUACAUUACAGGGUGCAAAACAUCUAGAGUGACACUGGUUGAUAUAGCCGGUAUUAAAGACGUCGGUCAUUAAAAUUAACUUUAUCAAUUUUUUUUUAUACAUAUCUUUAUUUUUAUUAUGUGUAAAGUCGAUGGUAAACUUUUAAACAAGCUUAGACUAUUAAAAUGGUUAAAAAUAAUAAUUUUAUGACCAUGAAUAAAGAUUUGUUUGAGAUAAAUAAUCAUCACUAUCUUUUCUCCACAGUUGGCCUUCUCAUGAAUUUGAUCCAAGCCAGAUCCGCCUGAUUGUUUCUCAAGACUGUGAGAAACGAGGAAGAAAUGUCUUGUUUGACUCCAGCACCAAGCGCAAGACAGAUGACUUGUUGGUGUCUGUAAGUUCCAUAGAAUUUCAUUGAUUUUUAUUAUUAUUAUCUUUUUUUUUUUUUUUUUUUACAAUUUUUUAUUUUAUUUAUUUUUUAGAAAACCAACAUGAGCAGGGGAUGAUCAUGUAAUGUUGGCUAGGCAUUCUAUUUUGUUCUUGUAAAUGUUGUAGUUCCUUUUAUUACAUACACAGCAGCGUUUGUGCACCUCUGGUCUCAUCACAAGGGUCAGCACUUCAUUGUAUUCAAAUUCAUUGUACACAGAGACCUUGUAUAGUAUGUGCUGUAAUAUGGCAUCUAGAAAAAGCUGAGCAAACUUCAUAGUUUUAAUUUCUAUACCUAGUAUUCUCCACUCAGCCUUUUAUAUUUCCAUAAAAUGCGUAGUAAUAUGCUGGGUAGAUAUAGGGAAUAACAGAAUAGCUUAUGUUUGAACCAAGUUGAAGUUCCAUUAUUAUUCCAUAGAAAGAGGUUAAUUCAAAGUGUGCAAAUUAAAGUCUGGUUCAUGGUAAGUCCAAAGUAACCUGCAAUUUGUUGAUGCCAAAUUUUAUAUUCACCAAAAGGAUUGUUUUCACGAAGUGAUGAUUUCUUUAUAUUUAACACCUAGCCUAGGUUCUAAAUUCCACAGACUUCUUUUAUAUAAUGUAUAUAAGGUGACCAUAAAGGUGACCAUAAAAAGUGGAAGCUGAAACCGGGCUUGUUUUAUAUAUAUAUAUAUAUAUAUAUAUAUAUAUAUAUAUAUAUAUAUAUCUCUCAAGCCAAAUUUUACCUUUGUUGUAUUAUUUUUGUGUUUGUGAAUAGUGUAAUGUACCUUUGUUUCAAACAGCUGUUGUAUCCAUAAAGGGACACUCCAAAUACCAUAAUCACUUUAGCCAGCUAUAUAGCUUAUAGUAUUGGGAGUGUUCUGACACACUCCGAGGACAAGUAGUCGUUAUUUGGCAACUUACUUGGUAUUUGACCAGCACCCAUCACCACCUUUUUUAAGCCAGAAGAGUUUUACAUUGAGCUAGCUUAAAGGAACACUAUAGUCACCUAAAUUACUUUAGCCAAAUAAAGCAGUUUUAGUGUAUAGAUCAUUCCUCUGCAAUUUCACUGCUCAAUUCACUGUCAUUUAGGCGUUAAAUCACUUUGUUUCUGUUAAUGCAGCCCUAGCCACACCUCCCGUGGCUAUGAUUGACAGAGCCUGCAUGAAAAAAAAAAUGGUUUCACUUUCAAACAGAUGUAAUUUACCUUAAAUAAUUGUAUCUCAAUCUCUAAAUUGAACUUUAAUCACAUACAGGAGGCUCUUGCAGGGUCUAGCAAGCAAGGGGAUAAGAAAAUCUUAAUUAAACAGAACUUGCAAUAAAGAAAGCCUAAAUAGGGCUCUCUUCACAGGUGUUUAUGGAAGGCUGUGCAAGUCACAUGCAGAGAGAUGUGACUAGGGUUCAUAAACAAAGGGAUUUAACUCCUAAAUGGCAGAGGAUUGAGCAGUGAGGCUGCAGGGGCAUGUUCUAUACACCAAAACUGCUUCAUUAAGCUAAAGUUGUUCAGGUGACUAUAGUGUCCCUUUAACGCUGAAGGGCUUAAUAUUGACUAAGCUCACUCAGCUGUAAGAGCACUGGGACUGGUACCCCUAGUACCUCAUGUAGCUUGUCAGAUCAUUCACAAACUACUUACUUGGGAGGGCAUCAGGUCACUGCUUGUACCACAACCAUUGCAGUGGGCUUGGAGUGUUCCUUUAAUAUCGUAUGUGUUUUUGCAACUUUGUUUCUGUGUAUUGGUCAGUGUUUUAAUAAACAGUGCAUUAUUUUGCUUCUGCCAACAUUUUUCUAAAAUAACUUCAAAGAAUGAUAACUAUGAGUGUAUAGGAGUUUAAUAUAUAGAACACAUGGACACUCACUAAUGUUCAUGUUCAAACAUGUUCAAACAUUUUUUUUGUGCGUGAUUUGUGACUUGGAAGUUGCUGACAUAUGGUAUUCUGAACAUGCUGACUGCAUCGCAGCUUGAGUUCAGCUAUUUUACACUAAAGAUCAUGUGCCUGGCUGGGAGGCGGAACAGCUAUGUGCUUUAUGCGUUUGCCUCCAAAGUGGGAGAUCACACCUUGUGACCUUGUCAAGACACUUGAUCGCCUUGUGCCUGACUUUACUAAAUCUACUCUUAAGUGCUUAUUUAUAACCUAGACUUCAUUUCCAGAUACUCUGAUUAUUUGUAUCCAUCCUUGACUGGUUUGGAUUCUUUAGGAGCUAUUUUCUGCUCACACAGAGAGCUGUGCAUAAUAUGAUGGAAAUAUAUAUUUCAGGCAAGCUAAUUACUCUUUAUAACCUGAUAACAAAACUUCUGGAAUAAAAGGGAAUCAUGACAUUUCACACAUGUCAUGUGUCCUUAAGGGGUUAAAUGAAAAGGCAGUGUUUACAUGUAAAUGCCUGAAGGUAGCUAUUGUACUUACCAGAACAACUACAUUAAGCUGUAGUUGUUUUGGUGACUAUAGUGUCCCUUUAAGAAAAGAAAUAGCCAAACUGUAGCUUCCGUUUGAACUACUUGAGCUAAUAUUUUGAGAUUCACUUUGAGUUUCUGACAAUUUUCAGUUUAGUGAAUAACCAUGUCAGUGUUAUAAAUAAAUACAUUUAGAAAAAAAAUUAUAACACUUAAGAUACUCACAUUUUGCCAUUCCCAAAUUUUGAUAUAAAUUUUGCAUUUCAGUGUGUAUUGUCUAGACGAGAAAAUGCAAAAUGCUAGUCAAUCUUGAUGCUUUCAUACCUCUUUGUGGCAGUGCUGUGUUUAUUGUAUAAGCCCUGUACACACAUGGGAUAUAUGGGCUCAAUAUGUUUGUGAAAGUUAUAGUUCAGCUGUUGGCUUUCUGCUGUAGAAAGAGGACAACUGACCCACAGCUCAGGCCAAACUCUGACUGGUCAGCCUCUCAGGAUGGCAAAAGUACUUGUAUAGGCGAUAUAGAGAGCGUAUAACUGCAGUUACUUAAGGGAAGUUAUAAGGUACUAUGAGCAGGCAGACAAGACCAGGAAACAUCCAUACACAUAACCUAUACAAGAAGCAAAGUGGUUUUGGUGCUAGAAAUAUACCUCAACUAUAAUUGGUGCCUGUUAUCGAUCCGUUUACAUUCUUUCUAAUUGGAAAUCGGUUUCUGGAUGUUAUAAAUGCCUAUUUGUGGCCCUUCUCUGUGUCAGGCUCCUAACUGCAAACAUUAAGUGGAAUCAGGGAUCAUGGGGGCUUGGUGAUUUAUGGAGCAUUUAAUGCAAUGUGUGCAGUUCAGUUUGCACCUGCUUAACCCACCAGAUGAUAAAUACAGUCUGUGGGUAAAGCACUUACUACUCAUAUUUAUUAUCACAAAUUACUUUUUUUUGUUUUUGUUCUCUGCACAAAAUCCUAGUUUGACACCGCACCCCGUCCACUUUUUUUAUUAAUUGAGUUACACUUCAAUAACUUGGAUUGUUCUGGAUUAGCCAAAAUUCAUAAUUUUACCUAGGUUAAGUGAUCUGUUUGCACUGAUGGCUCCUAUGAUAAUUUUAGAGAGGCUGCAGAAUAUGCUGUGAUGGAGGCUGGGCAAAAGUGCGACUGAUCAGAGAUAGUGUCUCUUACUUGUCUGUGUCCAAUUCAUUCCAACCAUUCCUGUUUUGAGUACAUAGGUCAGUACUAAAGUACAUCCAUACAUGCACACAAUUUUGUUGAUUCUGUAUGAUGUAGUAGAUUGUAGCAACAUAUAAUGUUUAGUCCAGCACUAGAUCAAUGAUGAAUUAGAGCAAUUUUCAUUUAAUGUGCUUUUUGCAUAACGUCUUGUUCUGUGCAGCAGUAUCCCAGUUAAUACAUGUUAUUUAUGUUUGCAAGUAAAUUACUCUCGUUAAUACAUACAAUUAUUAUUUUUUUAAACUUGCAUUUUAAUUGAAAUCCUUGUGUACGUGGCAAAAAUGAAAGUAACACUCCAAUGCUGCAUUGUACUGUGGUGGUUAUGAUGCCAUAGUGACCUGGUUCCCUUACAUUGUGGUUUGACUUCUUAUUUUAUUUUAUUUUUUCACCUGGAGUUCACUGGAUGCCCCUGCACCUCUGGUCUUCGCUCAGGAACACUAUCAGAAGUUCCUGGCAAGGGGAGUAGCACGCAAGAGGACCCCAGUUAAGGAGUCUUGCUGUUAAAAAUUGGUUCGACUCCUCACAAGUCGGGUGCACCAGAACCACUACAGAGAGAUGUAGUGGUGAUGGUGCUUGUAGUGUUCCUUUCUUGUUUUGCCAUCUGUAUAAUGCAUUAAAAAAAAUUCUCAAAAUCUACAUAAAACACAAAUCCAUGGAUUUCUCAUGGUUAAAGGGAUUAAGUAUGUUAAGAGUUUUUUGAUCACAAUAUACAUAACAUUUUAGUGGGAACAAAGCACACAUGGCAGCUUCACCCAUGAGGGUAUUAGCAUGGACACAGAGUUUAUUCUCAAUGUAACCCAUGAUGGAGGUUACGGUUUCCGCCUAGCAGAUGUGUGCUGAAGGAAAACGUGUUUGAAUUUUACAACCGCGCAAAGCAGGAGUGUAGUGCAUGUGUGGUUUACGCUACUGUUAUCCAUGUCUAUUGCUCCUGCAUGGCGGUAUAUCCACUGUUUGCAUGCAAUCCAUCGGUUUUACAGACAAAAUAGGAAGAAUCGACAUAGAAAAAGCCGCAGUAAGUCAAAUCCGUUCUAAAUCAGCUACAUGGACUCUUUUCUGCUUUAAGCGUAUUAAUAGUUUUCUGCAAGAAUAGCAUCCGGGGCUAAAUCCACUAAAUGGCAAACUGUGCUGAAUUGCAAAAGAUGAGUCAGAAUAACAGUUUACAAAGAGAGAAAAUAAAGUCCUUAAAACAUAGUUUUUGCUUUUGUUUUUUUUCCCCCCUUCCCUAAUUAUUUAUUUAUUUUCUUCAGUCUCAAACUUUAAGGCUUAAGCAAUAACAUUUGUUCAAAUGGGGAUGGUAGCAGAGGAACUUAGAAUAUGGCCAAUGUGGUCUUGUAUGUUAAAAUUGCUACUAGCCAACAGUUAAUGUGGUGUGUGUCAUGUGUUUGCUGAGCAUUGCCAGAAACUUUGUUGGGUCAGAGAUAAAUUGCAAUUGUAGCUCACGAGUCUAAACUAAGAUCAUAUGACUGUCUCCCACAGUCUCCACCCUGUUUGCAGUGUCUGAUACUGUAGAGGCAGAAAACACAUUUGUGUAAGAAACGUGUUUCAAAAAGCCAUAUUUGGCAACAAUACCACAGUGCCAACUGUAUAAAAAUGCAUUACCAGGCACUUGUAUUGGUGGCCGAUUACAUAUACACAAAGCCCAUGAGUGGGUAGUAGCAAAAACUGUGUUUGUGUGUAAAUAUCCCAUUUAUCUUGUUUAAAAUUGGCUGUGCUGCUUUAAAACCAUUGAUUAAGAUGAUGAAAGACCCUAAGUCCUUCCUUUAUAAAAUCUAACCUUGCAGUAGAACAAAGGUAUCCAUUUUGGACGUUUGAUGGGGCAUUGGUGGAUUUAUGGGAUUAAUGUUUCCUAUAAAGUAUCCCUUGAAGAAUAGAUAAGACAAAAAAAAUGUGACAGCCAUCACUAACUGAAGAUCAGUGCAGAGCCCCAUAUUUAAAUAUACCUAAUAGAUUAACAAACUACAUGUUUUGCAUUAUUUGAUAAUCUUGGCUACAUUGAAAGUGACUGUGACCAACCUGUAACCUUAGCAGCUGUGUGAAAUCCCACUGCCCCAUGUUUAAAAUAUUUAGCCAUAGGAAAAUCUGUUGUAAAUUGAAUCUCCUCUGUUAUUUUACCAUUGGAUAUAAAUUUAGACACCGUCGUAAAGCAUACACACUUACACAUUUUAACAGUAGCACUGAAUGUGACAAAUUCAUGGUGUUAUACUUGGACAUUUAACUUUAGUACCUGCAGCUACUCAUUAUUUUUUUAACUUGGGUUAAAUUUUGGCCUAUAGCAAUAGUUUAUUAGAAAAAAAAGUCCUUCUUCAACUCUGCCAAAAGGAGUAAAUUGUGUAAUUUUUUUUUUCUCCUCAGGAUUGUUUUUUAUAUUUAUGGUUGUGUAAGAAAGUUGCCAUUUCAUUUAGUUAGUCUCUUGAUGAAUGCCAACAUUUUAGUCCAUUACAGGUGUUUGGCAAGUCUAAAUGAUAACACGAUGUAGAUUAUCACAUAUGCAAUAAUCCUGUAACAUUAUUCUUCGUGCUAAAUAUUUUCCUUCAUGCUUUGGGUCAGUUGAAUAACAAAUGAAAGAUUUAAUGUUUAGGGUUACAGGCUGUAUAACCAAGGAUGAAUCUGAUAGAUGGUAUCGCAUCCAAGUUCUAUUUAUCUUGAAAAUUAGACGGUUCUGUCAACUUUCUAAAUGGGUAUGGAAGCUGUCUGCUCCGUAACUGGAGAUAUUAUUGGCUGUUGUAUUGCUACUGGAUGAGUCAAGCAGUGAUACUAUACUAUAAGCAAAGGGGUUCACUCAUUGCCAAUGUAUUUAUUAAAGGACCACUAUCCCAGACCACUUAAGCUCAAUAAAGUGGUCUGGGUGCCUGGCCCAGCUAGGUUUAACCCUUUUUUAUAUAAACAUAGCAGUUUCAGAGAAACUGCUAUGUUUAUAUUAGGGUCAAGCCAGCCUCUAGUGGCUGUCUCAUUGACAGCCGCUACAGGCGCUUUCCUAUGAGACUGGCUGAAUGCGCGCGCGGCUCUUGCCGCGCAUGCGCAUUCAGCCGAGGAGGCGGAGAGGAGGAGGAGGAGAGCUCCCCGUCCGGCGCUGGAGAAAGAGGUAAGUUUAACCCCUUCCACCCCCUCGAGCCCGGCGGGAGGGCGACCCUGAGGGUGGGGGCACCCUCAGGGCACUAUAGUGCCAGGAAAACGAGUAUGUUUUCUUGGCAGUAUAGUGGUCCUUUAAUGAUUGUAUUUGCUCUUGGAUACAACUGGUAAAAUUAGUUUUACCCAAAGAGACAACAAUAUGGAUUUAUUUUCCCUUGUUUCUUUUCUUUCGGUAUUUGAGCCAUUUCUUAGGACAGGAAGGACCUAUGUUGGCACUGGGGAUAGUUGUAGUAAUUUCCCAUAUACCUAGAACAUUUUACUUGAUGGCUUCUUUAGAUGGAUAAUGGUCCCUUUUUUCAAAGGGACACUCCAGGCACCCAGACCACUUCUGCCCAUUGGAGUGGUCUGGAUGCCAACUCCCAUCACCCUUAACCCAGCAAGUGUAAUUAUUGCAAUUUUAUAAACUGCAAUAAUUACUUUGCAGGGAUAAGUCCUCCUCUAGUGGCUAUCUAUAUAUCAGACAGCCACUAGAGCAGGGCCGGACUGGGGAUACAAAGCAGCCCUGGAAAAAACAAUUUGUGCCAGCCCCAUAAGUCACUGCGCCAUAUAUUGUUGCGUGUAAUAUGUAAGGCUAUGUCUUGCCAGAUGAUUGAGUAAUAUAUAUAUAUAUAUAUAUAUAUAUCUUUUUCUAAUAUAAAAUAUUGGUCCUUUCAGGGUAAAACGUUUAAUUAUACAGUAAGCAUACUCACAUGCAGACACAGGCAAUUUUACUGACAUCUCAAUGACACGCACAGCCUCAUAGACAAACAAUCUUACUGAUAUACAUCAGCUCAUUGACAUAAAAACACAUGCUCAUUUACUAGCAGGCACACGCAUGCAAGCAAGCUCACUCAUUAGCAGACGCACACACACAGCUUAAUGUGGUGGUACUGGUGUCUAUAGCAUGUCCCUACAGGCUUUUCAACGUAAACACUGACUUUUCAGAGAAAAGGCAGUGUUUACAUUGCUUCAAAGUGACACUGCUAGUGACAGUCACUCAGACGGUCACUAGAGGUGCUUCCUGAUUGGGUGACCAUACGAGCAAGCAAUGCUUCCACAACAUUUUACCAUAAUGCAGGUGGCAGAAAGUCAUAUGUCAUACUUUGAAAAGUCCUUGCACUAUAACCACUGUCAUACGUGGUAGUGGUUAUGGUGCUUAUGCAUCUCUAUUCCAUUAAUACUCUCACACAUGUACAAUGAGGUGCCAUAAACUUUUUAAGGUUUUGUUGAUAUUUUGGAGGAAAGUUCAGUAUCAUGAAGGCAAUCUGAAAUCAAGAAAAAGACUUUAUUUAUUUUUAAACUACCGGUACCAUGCAAUCAUUUUACAGCUUCAGUAACCUAUUGAAUAUUAGCAACUCUAUAUCAAAAAAUAAUUUUAUUAAAUACAGUUUAUAAAAAGUCAUGUUUUAUAAGGGCUUUUACACAAUCUGCUAUUUUGUAUAAGUAGAUGGGUUUUCAUUAUUGAUAAGAAUUCUGCUGCAGAAAUGUAGAAUUUAGUGCCCAUUUUAAGCAGAAGCAAAUUGUAUUUUGGGGGGGAUUCCUGGAUUGCAUUAAUUGCAACCCGUUAUUUCCUGCAAGAUAUGAAAAGUUUUUUAUUCAUAUAAAUUAUUAGUUCUCUUUAUCAAAAAGAUGUAAACGUGUAUGUUAUUGUUCCCCUUUCAAGUAAAGCCUUUCACAAUUAUUAGUAUAUUUUUUUUUUAUUUGUUUGCCUUGUAGUAAAUUUAUUUAGUUGGUCAGAACUUAAGUGCUUAGAUUUCUUUUUCCAUGUUGUCUCUGCAGAAACUCGUGAGUGACGCUCCAGUGAAAGUGUUUGGGAAAUGUUGUCAGCUGAGACCUGGAGGGGACAGUUCCACGUCUUUAGACAGUUCUUCAAAUUCCCUGUCGUCCGACACAAAAGAGCAAAACUCAAAAAAUCAGGUAGUGGUCUAAAUCUUCACCAGCCUUAUUCUACUUAUUGGACUACUUUGUGUCCCAUAUCUUCUAAAUUCCUAUAGUAAGAGUGAAAGCUAUGGUUCAUUACUUAAAGAGACACUAUAGUUCCCCAAACAACUUUUAGCUUAAUUAAGCGGUUUUGUAUAUAGAUUAUGCCUCUGCGAUCUCAUGGCUUAAUUCUCUGCCAUUUAGGAGUUGAAGCACUUUGUUUAUACAGCCCUAGGCACACCUCCCUGCAUGUGACUUACACCGCUUUUCUAAAUCUAUUGUUUAAACUUACUUUAUUGCACAGUCUUUCAUUUAGAAUUUCUUAUAUACUGCUCUGUUAAUAUCUAGCUAGACCUUGCAGGAGCCCUCCUGUAUGUUAGUAAAGUUAAAUUUACAGAGCAGGAGAUAAAACAUCUAAAGUAAGUUAACAUCUGAUUGAACAUUAAUCCAUGUGUUUUUCGUGCACGCUGUGUCACACAGCCAGAGGAGUUGUGGCAUAUGCUCCAUGGACAGAAACAAAAGUGAUUUAACUCCUAAAUGAUAGAUAAUUGAGCAGCAAGAGUUGUUUUGGUAACUAAAGUGUCUCUUUAAGUAUCUGCUGAUCACACAGAUUACUCUUCUUUUAGUGGGUUAUGAAAAUGUUGAAUAUGUAUUCGUACAUAGAUUGUGGUGACUGUAAGGUAGGAAUAGCAUCCAGUUCUAUUUGUACAGCCGACGGGGACAUUAUGUUUGUCACCAAUGAAAUAGAUUGCAAAAAGUUUGAACGUGCGACUCCACAAAAUAUAAUUUUGAUUUCACUUCAAACUCUCACAGGAUCUAUGUCCAUUCCCCCAGAUAUUGAUGGCCUACAGCUCCAUGAAUUCUUUAAACUAUCCUUGUCCUGCCUAAAUGCACAACUCUUAUAAAUGCAACACUUUAGUUUUUGCCCCCAUUUUUCAUGAGCUGAACUCAAAGAUCUAAGACUUUUUCUAUUUACACAAACAACCUAUAUCUCUCAAAUAUUGUUCACAAAUCUGUUUAAAACUCUGUUAGUGAGCACUUAUCAUUUGCUGAGAUAAUCCAUCCACCUCACAGGUGUGGCAUAUCAAGAUGCUGAUUAGACAGCAUGAUUAUUGCAAAGGUGUGCCUAAGGCUGGCCAUAAUAAAAGGCCACUCUAAAAUGUGCAGUUUUAUCACACAGCACAAUGCCACAGAUGUCGCAAGUUUUGAGGGAGCGUGCAAUUGGCAUGCUGACUGCAGGAAUGUCCACCAGAGCUGUUGCCCGUGAAUUGAAUGAUCAUUUCUCUAACAUAAGCCAUCUCCAAAGGCGUUUUAGAGAAUUUGUCAGUACAUUCAACUGGCCUCACAACCGCAGAUCAUGUGUAACCACACCAGCCCAGGACCUCCACAUCCAGCAUCUUCAUCUACAAGAUCGCCUGAGACCAGCCACCCUGACAGCUGCUGCAACAAUCGGUUAGCAUAACCAAAGAAUUUCUGCACAAACGGUCAGACCCUGUCUUAGGAAAGCUCAUUUGCAUGCUCGUUGUCCUCAUCAGGGUCUCGACCUGACUACAGUCAGUUGUCGUAACCGAUGGCAGACAGCGUGUAUGGCGUCGUGUGGGUGAGCGAUUUGCUGAUGUCAACGUUGUGGAUCGAGUGGCCCAUGGUGGCGGUGGGGUUAUGGUAUGGUCAGGUGUAUGUAAUCGACAACGAACACAGGUGCAUUUUAUUGAUGGCAUUUUGAAUGCACAGAGGUACCGUGACAAGAUCCUGAGGCCCAUUGCUGUGCCAUUCAUCCACAACCAUCACCUCAUGUUGCAGCAUGAUAAUGCACAGCCCCAUGUUGCAAGGAUCUGUACACAAUUCCUGGAAGCUGAAAACAUCCCAGUUCUUGCAUGGUUAGCAUACUCACGUGACAUGUCACCCAUUGAGCAUGUUUGGGAUGCUCUGGAUCGGCGUAUACUACAGCGUGUUCCAGAUCCUGCUAAUAUCCAGCAACUACGCACAGCCAUUGAAGAGGAAUGGACCAACAUUCCACAGGCCACAAUCAACAACCUGAUCAACUCUAUGCGAAGGAGAUGGUCACACCAGAUACUGACUGGUUUUCGGACCCCCCCAGAUCCCCUUCAAUACAGUAAAACUGCACAUUUUAGAGUGGCCUUUUAUUGUGGCCAGCCUAAGGCACACCUGUGCAAUAAGAAUGCUGUCUAAUCAGCAUCUUUAAAUGCCACACCUGUGAGGUGGAUGGAUUAUCUCGGCAAAGGAGAAGUGCUCAGUAACACACUCAGUAAGACCGAUUUCUGAACAAUAUUUGAGAUAAUUAGGCAUUUUGUGUACAUAGAAAAAGUCUUAGAUCUUUGAGUUCAUCUAAUGAAAAAUGGGGGUUAAAAACAAACGUUUUGCUUUAUAAUUUUAUUGAGUGUAUAUAGUUUCUAACUUUUUACUGUGCAAGAUCCUUGACAAUUUUGUGGCUUCUUUGUUUGGAAUUAUUAGUGAUGUAGAUUAUUUUUGGGUAUUUACACAUUGGGUUUUUUAACUGUCAAUACUAGGCCAACAUCAAACAAAAACCUGGUGUAUUUUAUAUCUAAAUAUGUGCUUCUGUCCUUCAGUGGUCAAAUAGUUAAAUGACAAGUGCGUGAGACUUUCAAAUGUUGAAUUGUUUCUCUAGCAGUUGAACUGGGUUCUCCUCACUUGGCUUGAAUUACAUUUUACAUAAGAGAUGAGAUUUUGGCUGGAGAAUAAGGCAGUCAUAUGACACAAAUACAUUUUCUUGGUGUCAAGCGAUCUUGCAGAGAUCACAAGUGUUUUGUUACAGCAGCCCAAAAAUAGUAGAGUAAACCUACUGGCUCUUUGUAAUACAGCAACUGUAUGUGCAUGUAAUACAGCAACUGUAUUUAUUUAAUUAGGCUAGGCCUUUUUCAAACAUACAAGUUUAGGCAAAAUCACAGCUUCAUUUUGCAUAUCAAGUAGAGCCUUUGUAAAACCACAGCUACGGACUGCAGAGCAUGAGGCUGUUACCGUUUCACACCUUUUAACAGAAGAUCUAAUGCUUUUGCAGCAUGCUCAAGUUCUCUGCUCCUUAAGAGUUGUUUUAUUGUUUACAUUGUGGAGAAAGACCCAGAGGCCAGCCUGAGGGAAGAAAACAGAGGACGUGUCCUGGAGGAUGAAAUGAAUGUCUCCUCAGAGCUAAAUGCAGUUAGGGAUUACAGAAGUAACCUCAGCAACAACAUUAUGAACUCCAUGAUUUCAGCUCACAGGAACCCACAUAAAACAUGACAAACUCCGGAACUUUAAAUAUUGUUAGUCUGUAGUUACAUAAUCUGCUCCUAAAAUGAAUUCAAACUUUGCAGUGCAUAAAUUGUGCUCAAAAGUAAAAUGUUCACCUCAGAGCAUUUAAGUGGACCUUGUUCCCUUUUGAUUUCCCACUGUCUUAUGAUCUAGUUAUUCUGUGGAUUAUGAGCACCGGUCUAAUGCUGUGGUUCUUAAAUGUUUUUAACAGGGAUCCAAACUGUGUACAUGGUGUUAACUCGCUGUCCUUAUUUUUGAAUUGUAUAAUUAACCCAUUCAUGGAUUUUAUUAGUAUACCAAAUGUAAUGCUGCUUAUCACUUUCAUUAGUUCAGGUGGUUUUAGUUGGUUUCCUGGCCGCUGAUGCAUACAAUAUGCCUAUUACAACAACCAUCAGGACCAACUAAAAUAGCGUUGGCCCCACUUUUGGAUCCCAUUCCAAAAGCUAACCUUUGAUCAGUUAGAGGAAGUGGAAAAGUAUAUGCAAUAAAAGAGUUGGUCUUGGAUAGGUAAAAAAAAGUCUGGUUACAUUUAAAGGGACACUGUAGGCACUGUGUCUGCUUCAUGUCAUUAAACUGGAUAUGGUAUCCGGAAUCCCCUGGUGCCAUAAUUUCAUUCAGCAUUAAACAGUUUUUAGUGUUUUAUGUUUUAACGCUAAAUAAGAGUACCUAGCAGCCCAUCUCAUCUGUGCUUCUUUGGUUAAUAAUUAGAAUGAGCAGUAAUGGGCAACUUUGAUUGGCUGAGAGUGUCAGCUGACUGUUUUCAGCCUAUCAGAGCUCCAAAUGAUUUUUACAAGGAAGUGUAAAAUCUUUGCCUUAGCCACACCUACAGAAGGGGGUCGUACUUUUAUUUAGUGUUAAACUGCUUGAAAAUGGUUCAACGCAGAAUGGAGGGACAAUACCAGGUGAUGCCAGGCAAUAUAACAAAUUCAAAGAGAUUGAAUUGUUAUAGUGACUGCAGUGUCCCUUUAAGUUUGUAAUAUUCUAAUACAUAGAGUGGGACAGCUCUGCACAUUCACUAUUUACACUGAGAUUUUCAGCUCUGCUUGAUAGAGCUUUCACAGAGAACCAGUAAGAAACUGGUUUAAGAUGGACCUGCACUGAACUCAACAAGGUGUUAAUGUGGCUUUCAACAUUAUGGUAACCGCAUCAAGGGAGGUAAUUUCACGGACCAAGUAAACCUGUCAUGAUAGAGGUCCAAUGUAUGUGCUGCACAUACUGAAAUGGUCAUGGAAAAAUUUAGUUUUCAAAAAGAAAAUAAAAAUGCAUAAACACACCGAGAAAAUCAGAUAAUAACUAUCAUAGUUGCAUUUUAACAAAGGCAUGGUAUGAAAAUGACCCUCUACAUGCCAGAUACAAUCUGCUAAAGGUAUGUUUAACUGCAUUUUCAUUUACUUUUUAAUUUCUUUCUAAGUAUUUAGUUGUAGCCCCAAGGUAAACCUUUAUUGUACUUGCGUAGGGGAGUUGUGCACAUUUACAGGUGAGAGAAAACACUAGUAAUUAUAUUUUUACGCUCAUGGCUAUGUUCAUUUUCUCCUUUCGUUCUGUUAUAAACCUUAAAAAGUCAUAUUUGUCCUUUUUUUACUGACAAAAGAUUAUUGUAUUAAGAUACACAGUGUAUAUGGUUUCAUGUGCGUUGUUUCUAUGCUAAAAUGUUGUUUUAAGUGUUCCAAGUUUGAUAAAUUCUUUCAUCCUCUUAAUCUAUAAUUGUUUCUAAUCCUUUUUUUUUUUUUUUUCAGAGUUCUCGGAGCCCCUCUGAUGCAAAUAUGCUUGGGGAGAUGAUGUUUGGAUCUGUGGCAAUGAGUUAUAAAGGAUCUACACUGAAAAUUCACCAGAUACGGUAUGUCGCACUUCAAAUCCUUAAGUGGAUUAGUAGUCCGUGUAGGUAAUCAUUGUGGUGAAAGUAACCUCGCCACUUGUACUUGGAGAGGCCUGCUUGCCAGCCUCUUGCCCUGUGACUAUGGCCCCUGGGAUAUAUUGCCCUUUAAAAACACUAUUUGGGCAUAUUGGAUUUUAAAGGCACUGUUUCUGCCCCUUGGACUUCUAACUGGACCAGAUUCAAACAUGUGGCGGCAGGGUUUUGCCGUCGAGUGUAUGGAACUGUUUUGGGCAUUGGACCAUGUGCACAGUGGGGCAAAAAUAAGACUUCCAGGAAAUUCCUGAACCGAUCUGGGUGAUUUUUGGAUAUGUUGUUCACCCAGAUCGGGGCUAUCAGGGGAUGUGUUGUAUUUUGGGGUACUUUUUGGGGUUUGUAAAAAUGUAUGUUCUUUUUCUGCUUAGAGUUAAUUGAGUUAGUCCAUUGUCUUCGUUAAUUGUAUCACAGGCAGAGGGGAGGGCUUGUGUGCUGUAUGUGGGAGUGUCGGACAUUGUUGUAUUGUUCUGAUUGGUUUGUGUGCCUGUGUUCCAUCAGGCCCAGGGGGUUUGCCUCUGGCAUGAGGAAUUGUAUAAAUUGUGAGUACUGGCUUAUAUUAAGCAGACCUGCUUGACCCCUUCUUGAAGCCUUGGCUCAUGUUUAGGGAAUGGAAUAACUACACUCUUGGGGAUUGCUAUAAUCACAAUACACCCCUGAGUUUAAGCUUUUGUAAGAGCUUGUUCCUGUUACGCUCUUUGGAGUAGGAGAGGUCUACCCACUGGAAGCUGGAUCCUGGUCUUGGGUCCAGGGUGGGUGGAGGACGGCGAGACACCGGCGCAGCUGCAUCGCUGGAAGUGGGGUCUGCAGUGCUUAUGGUGUCUGGUGGAGUGCUUGGAGUCCUCGGCAAGCACUAGGAGCAUCGAUUGGCGGAGGUACUCAGUCGGAGUGCCAGCGGUCUGUCACAAUCAGCAUAAUUGAUUCAGUCUGUGCAGAAAUAAAUAAAAUGAUUAAGAUAUGAGAAGCAUACAGAGUGGAAAUGAAUAAGAAAAUGUAAAAAAAUUUCUAAUAUUAAAAAAAAAGGAUAUGAGAAGCAGAGCUUUCUGUGGUGCGGGAGCAAAACAUUACUUGAAUUGGAUUUAAAAAGAUGUAUAUCUAUCAAGGCCAUUAUUUCCACAUUCCUGCUGAGCCAUAAAAGCAAAAAAGUCUGAAAUUAUAUCCAAAUACCUUAUGAACUCCAAACUGGUAAAUUAUUUCUGUCUUUAACAAAAGGUAUCUGUAACAAGAUGGUACUUUUUAUAGUUGUGUUUUUUUUUUUUUUUUUUUCUCAACCAGCUAUGCUAUUGAAAUAAAUAAGUGGGUAGCAAAGACACAAGGCAUGGAAUCUCCAGGAGUAAAAAUGUUGGGCUAACCUGGCUAUAUUGCAGUAAGCCUGAUGUCUAGAGGGGAUUAUAGAGGGAAAAAGGGACAGUGUAUAGCAAGGGAAAAUAGAAAAUGGUAAGAAAGAAGGGGCCUGGACAUGAAUAAUCCUCUCUGCUCUCAAGGCUGACAACACAAAGGAAUGUCAGUCCCUAUUUACAAACCUUCAGGAAAUUCAUCAACAGAGGGAAGUCUACAAAGUGUUCCAGCCAAGGGCCGUUGGCAAUUUCUCCAUGAAUAUUGCUGCUUCCCCCCCCAACAUGAAUUGUAAUUAUCGAGUAACAAUAACAACAGUUCAUGACCUUUCCAGUAGUUCUGUUUUGCUUAGCAUUCGAUUACUAGGAUUUUUUGCACAAACUGUUGUGAACAUCCAUAAUACUUUAAAUGACACCCCACAAAUGGGGAUCUCCGUUAAAAAAUAACUAAAUAAAAUAAUAUUUUUUUGCUUUUUUAAAAUUUAUUUAUUCAUUUUUAUUAAGUUUUCUUGCUUGAAGAGUUACAUUUGCAAUCAAAUGUACAUUAAACAAUGUAGUUAUCUUAAGAUCAUAUAGACAGCCUCCAGAACAGGCACUGAAAUGUAAUCAAGUUCCAGUGGGUGCAGCUGCCCAUUCCUGAAUGGUAUUUGGCAAUCCAUGAUGUGAUGUGCGUCAGUUAGAGUUGUGCUGCUAGGUGGGACGCAUUUGAAAAACAGAAUGACUUACACAAAUGCAAACAUGAUUUGAAACGAUAAACCAACAGGUGAGUUGGCAAGUCCCUAGCUGCCUGCUGGAGAAUAAUGCCACUAUAAAACCCAGACAUGGUUGUAAAACAUGACAAUUACAAGCUUUGUUCCCAGUACUGUGCACAAGUCGUCAAAGUUGUGUUCUAGUAGAACAAAAAGGACUAAUACUCACAAAUAAACUUGUUUUUUAAAAAAACAUGAAGGUAUAGCGAUUAUUUAAAGAGUAGGUUCAACUUAACUUGUCUAUCCCUAUUUUUAAAUAAGUUGCUGAAAAUGGCAACUGUAUUGAGAAAAAAGAAAAAAAAAAACUCAAAACAUAACACAAGCUUAACAAAGAGAUAUCAAUAGUUCUAGUCCGUAUUGUUUUUUUUCUUUCUUUCUUUUUUAUCAUUAUUGUAAUAACCUGAUUUAUACAGACCCAAAAAGCAAAACAUUUCUAAAACAGAUUUAUAUCAGAACUUGGUAAAACAGUUGCCAAAGGAGCACAUCUACAGCUUUUGUUUUCACCAUUUCAUAUGCCUUCUGUUCAUGGAUCUGUGUAUUCCAGAGGGAUUCACAACAAAACCAUUUUAAUCAUGGUAGUGCAAAGCAGGGAAAAAAAAACAACCUGAGUGUAUUCAUUUUUAUUAAAUUACACUUGUGUUUGAUUUCCAUAUCAGAUAUAUCAAAAUGAUUACAAAGCCUUUAGCUCACUUUCACAGGCAGCUGGAUCUGUUAUUUCAUCAGUGACAAAUUACAGGAAGCAUAAUCUUUUUGUAAAUACUGCCUUUAUUUUUCCAGAUCUCCUCCUCAGUUAAUGCUAAGCAAGGUAUUCACAGCGCGGACUGGAAGCAGCAUCUAUGGAAGUCUUAACACGUGAGUAUAUUUUGAACACAAGCCAAACACAUGAAAGGUAUUCGGGCAAUUGAAUGUCUACUGAAACAAUCAUUCUGUGUACCCUGAACGUCAAACUAUCUGUCGUGGGAUUAUGAAGGGUUUAUUUGGAGUUCAGUCCAUCCCAUUUCAAUGCUAGCUUGCUCUGUGCUGGGUGCAACAGCUGUUUGCUGUCAUUUUUUGCUGUGAAAGCCAGUGAUCAGCGAUUGGCAGUAAUUCACCCCAUCAUUAUUUUAAUGACAAUUUUAGGAUGAAUACAGAGCAACCGUCUACCCUGCUCAAUUGCAGCAUUGGAUGGUAAUUGUUAAAUUAGUUGCGAUCGGGUAUGACUGCUUGGAGCAGCAGUUAAGAAAUAUAUUACUUUGAUUGUGAAAAAAUUAUAUAACUAUAUUGUCUUAUUUUAGAUUACACCUAGCAUUAGCCUGUAACAAUUGAGGCUGGACAAAUUCACUGAGAUUCUGUUUUUGCUUGAUUGAGAUAUAGAUUUCAGAUUUGCCCACCUUUCAAUCAAAUAUAUAAACUGAAUCAGUCAAUUGUAACUUGUGGUCAUUGUCUCUAAAAGUUACAAUUUUGACAACAAACUGACUUGAAGGAUAGUAUCCAACAUAUUUGUUACAUAAAUUGUAAAAGUAUGGUGGGAUUAUUCAUAGUGAUUCAGGUUUUGGUUGUCCUGGGCUUUUUGCUUUUUUUAACUUCCCAUCUUUUCUGCUUUAGGUAAUUAAAAAUAAUCAGCCGGCAUGCUAUUUAUGUGCUAGAAAAGUACUUCAUUUUGGAAACACUCAAAUCUUUUCUAAUUUUACAGACUUCAAGAUAGCCUUGAGUGCAUUAACCAUGACAACAACAACACGUUGAAACCAGACAACAGCAGCAUCAUGAAUGGACUCUUUGGAAACAUAGGUAUUAUUUGCUUUUUCUUUGUAGCUUUUUUGCUUUAAAUCAUGAUAACUGUAAGGUUUUAUUCUAUAUAAAUGUAUGCAGGUGUAGAUUUUCACAUUUUAGUUGUUAAGAGCUUUCAUACUGCCUAAUGACGAUCUUCAGUUUUUAGUGGUUUUGUAGAUUAAUUUUUGUCUAUUGCGAUAUUGCAACUUGAAUAGUAUGGCAAUGCAGAACUCUGUAAACAUUACAGAAAAUAGAUAUUGUGUUUAUUGUUGGAAUAGCAUAAGCCACACACUAUAUCAAUGGUCCAUAUAUUUCUAUGAUGUUCUAUGUAGGACAAGAGAGACUCUGAUGUGGGCUGCCUUCCAUUAGCCACACCACUAACGCUAGAAACAUAUCCUCUUGUUCUGUUUACUUUUCAGUUACUGUCUCUACUCAUCAAUGUUGCAUAUCAAGACAGAUAAUGAAUCUGGAGACCCUUUUAAAGGAAUAUCAGAGAAUUCUAUAGUUAAUUGCUUGUAGAAGGCUCACAUACAUUGAGCAGCUUGAAAUAUGAAAUUGAAGGGAAAAUAUGGUGUAAAGUUGACCCCCUAUAUUUAAAUGUUCUAUUGUUCAUAUAUUAUACUACUUUUUUUUUUUUUUUUUUUGCAAAUGGCAUUUCUUUAAAAGCUGUGCUAUGCUCUCUGACAAUGAUCAUUUGAAGAAUUCAUACGAAUUCUUACGAAUUGCCCCAGGCAAUUACCCACAAUGAAGUCUUUUUGUGUCGCUGCCUUUCCAAGUGCAGUGGUUGUCACUGGAAAAAUCCAAGUCUAAUUGAUGAAGGCAUAUUGCAGAUUUUAUUAUACAUUCUCUAGCAUCUAAAUUGUAAGUCCUGUGGUAGAUAACUUGUCAUUAACUUUAUAUAUAAAAAAAAAAAAAAAAACUGUUAAUAGCCAUUGAGUUUCAGAAUGUUAAUGUGCAAAACAAAAUUGCCACCAUCAACUAUUUAUAAAACCCAUAAAAGGACAUUUGGGAGAGGAGAAUGAAUGUGCUAAGAACUCAAGCAUCUAUCUGUAUUUCUUACGUCAAGUACAUUUACCCUCAAGGGAACUAAUUCCAUAAACAAGAGUGAACAAAUGAAAGCGUUUACAAUCAUAUUUGCCGACAUCCUACUAUUUGUUCAUGUAAAACCAAUUUUGUUAGUGCGUCUAAAAUACUGUUAUUGUGUUGUUAUUCUUGAUUUUGUUUUAUUUAUUUAUGUUUGUGCUUUUUUUCCUUUAUGGUUUUCUUCUGUCUCCUCUAGGCUGUUAGCUGUCCUACUAACUUUUUGUUUUGCAAACCUAUUCUACAUUUCGACAUGUAGGUCUGUCUCAGCUUUGCAGCCCUAGGCGGGCAUUCUCAGAGCAGGGCCCGCUCCGCCUGAUCCGGAGUGCCUCUUUCUUUGCAGGUGUGCUGCGUGCUGUGUGAGGCUUAGUGUAGACUGUUUGUCUAGAUGCAUGUUAAGUUGGGGCUUCACUGUGGAAAUAAGGAACUACAAGAUCCAUAAUUAAGGCAAUCAGAACAAAAUAGCUAAAACCUUUUACUAAUAACAAUAGACUCGGUGUAGUGCGCAAAGGACAACCAUAUGCUAAAACAUAUAAUAUGUACCGGUGUUACUGUAACAGUUAACAUUCUAUCUCCAAUUAGUUUUGUUAGGAUUGUGUUUUCGUCACUGUACAAUAAUUCUUUGACAUAGUUCAGAUAUCCUUCUAAGGAACAAUAUGGACAAUCUAGAUUAAAUAGGAGUAAGCAUUUAAAUAGGCCUGUCCUACGUACAAAAUAUUGUAUUUUAAAAUCACCCACCCACUCAUCCACUCACUCAUCCACUCAUCCAUCUUUUAACCUUCACUGAUGAUACCCUAUCUGCUGAAUUUUAAUUAAUAAAAGACCACUCCCCAACCAUAAAGCACUUCAGCUUAGUUAAGUGCUUUAUGGGUGAGGAGUACCUCCUUUCAAAGGUACUUUAUAAAAGUGCAGAUUUUGUAUGAGAAAUCAGCACUUUUGUGAUUAAUUAAUGAAACACCCUCUAGCUGUCCAUCAAACUGCCUGCUUUACUUAACUCCCCUCUGCCACUUGUGUGUGUCGCCGUCCCCCAUAUCUCCUUCUCGGAUCAGAACAAUGUGCAGUGCGUGCUUCUCAAACUUAUAAUUUAUACCCAAUGAAUACAUGUAUGAAAAAUACAUGUAUGUAUUCAUUGGAGUAUAUCUACUAAAUAGUGAUUUCUACUUAUUUGAUCAUUUGGGCAGUAGAGUGUCCCUAUAAUUCCGUGCUUCUGCUCCUCCAAAAAUGGAAUGUGCUAUUCUCUAAUUAUAGCUAGUUGAAUAGGACUGUGAAUGGUGCAGUGUAUUAUAUUCAUUUUUUAUUUAUAUUACCUAGUAAAACAUCCACAUUGAAAUGUUCUGUUAAGUCCUAUUAGAAUGAUAAGCAGGUAAAAUAUUUCCCUAUGGCACCUGGAGAUAUGACAGUACAGCUUAAAUUAGUACGUUACACAAUGUGUUGUUAUUCUGUCUGAGAAGCUGGGUCAGCAGGAGAUGAGCAUGUUUAACAAAAAUAAUUGAUGUGCAGUAAACGUGAUGAAGUUAAUUCAAAUUCGUAUUUAAUUGCUUAGUCCAUACUUGGAACUGGUUAAUGUUUCGCUUUGAAAAGGAUAAGAGGAUCCCACAAUGUCCGUUAUUGAACAUUACCUUGUGGCUCAGAUUGAUUAGCCACAUCCAAUAUGGACUUGCGAUAUAAUUGCCAUACAAUGCAACUGCACAAUCUUGACAAAGUUUCAGUUGUCUUAUAAGGCAAAGGUCACAGCGGAGAAUUUGAAACAUUGACAUAUAGUGGAGCAGCCAAAAUGCAUGUUGCGUAGAGGGUAACACGACCUUAUUUCCGGAGUUGAGCACCACUUUUGUCAAUACCAAAAACUAUAUGUAUGGAGAAAAAAAAAAAUGCAUGCCGAUAUUGUUUUAAUUUUAACACAUUGAUAUUCUCAAUUCUCACACAAGCACAUGACCUGUUAAUUUUGAAGUUUCAAAACCCAGCUGAACAAGACAAGUUCUCAACCAAAAGUAUGAUAUUGCACAGUGAUUUUUUUAUUUUUUUUUCCUCCUCAAACGAACACAAUUUAUUGCUGGCUGUCAGGUAAUUGUAUUAUUUAUCAAAUAGGACUGUAGGAUUGUAUUUAAAAAUAAUGCAGUGGGAUUUUUAAAGUGGAAUCCUAAAACAAAAAACAAAAAAAACAAAAAUCAUAGUCGUAUUGGCCCGAACUUGCAGACUUGUUCAGCUGUGGAAUGGCUUUUGGUGGUGGUUUGCAUGAUCAUUUGUACACGUAGAAUCAGUUUUUUCAAUAAAAUAUCUCUAUAAUUUGUGUUCACUGUAGAUAUAAAAUUUCUGAAAAUAAAUAGGUAUUGGAGGGCACAAUAUGGAAUUUAUAACCAUCUGUCUCACUCACAAGGUUCAUUGGCACAGCUGUGAUAAUUUUACAGAAUUACAUCCUAACAAGUGCAUGGGUUUGGACCUGCUGUUGCUGCAUUUGCAUUUUAAUAAUCAUUUUUAAUAUUGUUUUCCAGUCCACAGCAACCCAAUGGACAUGCCAGACCGGGGCUUCAAUGAGGAUCGAGAUAGCGGCAUAGCACGAUCUGGUGAGAAUCCAUUAAUGUAUUUUAACAAUUUUAUGCUCCUUGAUUUCAUAAAGUUCGAGCACAAACUGAUGUCAGGUCUAUACAGAUUUUACUAUUAUUUUUCUGCCAAAAAAUAUUAUUUUAGUUGUAGCCAGCUGUUGCCAUUGAUAGUUUUUGUCUUACUCUCUCUCUUUGUCCAUAGCUUCUCUGAGCAGUCUUCUUAUUACUCCGUUUCCUUCACCAAGCUCUUCACUCAACAGCAGCUGCGCAAGCAGCUAUCAACGUCGUUGGCGCCGUAGUCAGACCACAAGCUUGGAGAAUGGGGUUUUUCCUAGAUGGUGAGGUGUUUGUAUGGUAUUCUCUCAAUAAAUCAUUGAAUCCAUUUUCUAAGCUUUAUGACACAACUUAAAAUACAUACAUUAACGAUUUACCUGCACGUCGACUGCUUGGACUUACAACCAGUUCUAUGGCCUGGGGAUUCGAGGGAUGCCCCAUGUUGAAGAACAUAGAUUUGAGGGAUUCCCUGCUCUAGUGAGCUGGUCUAUAUUCUGGGAAUUUGCCUCGAACAUGGGUUCUAGGGAUUCUUUGCGCUAGUGAGCUGGUCUAUGUUCGGGCGAAUUCCCCAAAUGCAGACCUGCUCUCUAGCAAUCGUAAAAGAACAGAACCCGGUCAGUAAGUGAGAAUCAUCGGUAUUUAUACUUGAUCUAAUGUAAUUUUCCCAAUCCAGUAUGUACAUUCAAAAUACAAGGACCGCUCACAAUCUCAAACCUUAUUGAAGUAAGCAACAAUGUUUACAAAAUGAUAGAAUACAUACAUUGCUAUUGUACAUAAUUUUUAGAGAUUAGUCUGCUCACACAUUUUUUUUCCUUCCAAUGUUUCCUUCACAGGUCUGUGGAAGAAAGCUUCAAUAUAUCUGAUGAAGGAUGUGGGGCUAACCUAGGAAUUGCAAGAAAGAAAAAGAUUGCCAUUGGAGUGAUUUUUUCAUUGUCGCAGGAUGAAGAAGAAAAUAACAAAUUUCAUGAGUUUUUCUUUUCUCACUUUCCAAUUUUUGAGAGUCACAUGAACAAAAUGAAAAGUGCAAUUGAACAGGUAAAGAAAAACAUGGUGAUGUAGAAACUUUUUUUUUCUCUGCUUCUCAUCCACAAAAGGUGAACAAAUCACAAAUAUACCAUUUAAUGGACAAAUAAUAAUAAUAAAAAACAAACAAAAAAAACUGUGUUUUAAAGGGACACUAUAGUCACCCAGACCACUUCAGCUCAAUGAAGUGGUCUGGGUGCCAGGUCCCCCACUUUUUAACCCUUCAGAUGUAAACAUAGCAGUUUCUGAGAAACUGCUAUGUUUACAUUGCAGGGUUAAUCCAGCCUCUAGUGGCUGUCUUCCUGACAGCCGCUAUAGGCGACUCUGGACGCGAAAAUCGCAUCCAGCGUGCAAAACGUCCAUAGGAAAGCAUUGAGAAAUGCUUUCCUAUGGACUGUUUGAAUGCGCGUACGACUCUUGCCGCGCAUGCCGCUCCACUCGGGAGCUGACAUCGGCGGGGGAGGAGAAGUCACAAGCGCCGAGAGAGCCUGGCGCUGGAUUAAGGUAAGUAACUGAAGGGGUUUAAACCUCUUCAGCGCCAAGGGAGGGGGACCCUGAGGAUGAUAUAGUGUCAGGAAAACAAGUUUGUUUUCCUGACACUAUAGUGAUCCUUUAAUGGAGCUUUAGAGGGAUACUCUAAGCACCAAAACAACUAGUUAAUGAAGUAGUAUUGGUGUAUAAAGCAUGAUGCUGCAGUCUCACUGCUCAAUUCUGUCAUUUAGAAGUUAAAUCACAAUUGUUUCUGUUAAUGCAACCCUAGCCACACGUCCCGAGGUUGUGACUCAUGCAGCCUCCAUGAAAAAUGUUUUCAUUUCCAAACAGAUCUGUCAGCUACUGUCUACUAGACAGCUACUAGAGGGCAGUUCCUGGAUCAUAGCACAUUUUCUUUGCUAGAGCGUCGCUGGACGUCCUCAUGCUGUGUGAGGACCUCCAGCGUCGCUCAAUUCCCUAUAGGAAAGCAUUGAAAAGCAUUUUUAAUGCUUUCCUAUAGAGAGCUCUAAUACGCAUGCAUGGCAUUGCCGUGCAUGCACAUUAGGUCUCCCCGGCCGGCGGCCGGGAUCAGUCUCUCCCACCGGCCGACGUAAUAAAGAGGAGGAGCGGUGGCGACCUGAAACCACCGUCGAGGGACAUUGGUGGGGGUCUCAGGUAAGUAACUGAAGGGGUUUUCACCCCUUCAGCAACCGGGGAUUGGGAGGUGGGAGGGAGAGGGGACCUGCAGUACCAGGAAAACGGAUUGUUUUCCUGGAACUGGAGAGUCCCUUUAAACAUUGGAUCUCUCUUUGCAGAAAACGUGUAGGGAAACUGUAAAUCACAUGUAGGGGUUGUGUGACAAGGGCUCCAUAAACAAAGUAAUUUAAAGGACCACUCUAGGCACUCAGACCACUUCAGCUUAAUGAAGUGGUCUGGGUGCCAGGUCCAGCUAGGGUUAACCCUUUUUUUUUAUAAACAUAGCAGUUUCAGAGAAACUGCUAUGUUUAUAAAUGGGUUAAUCCAGCCUCCAAAUCCUCUAGUGGCUGUCUCAUUGACAGCUGCUAGAGGCGCUUGCGUGAUUCUCACUGUGAAAAUCACAGUGAGAACACGCAAGCGUCCAUAGGCAAGCAUUGUAAAUGCUGUCCUAUGAGACCGGCUGAAUGCGUGCGCAGCUCUUGCCGCGCGUGCGCAUUCAGCCAAAAGGGAGGAGAGAAGGAGGAUCGGAGGCGGAGAGCUCCCUGCCCGGCGCUGGAAAAAAGGGAAGUUUUAACCAUUUCCUCUCCCCAGAGCCGGGCGGGAGGGUGACCCUUAGGGUCGGGGCACCCUCAGGGCACUAUAGUGCCAGGAAAAUGAGUAUGUUUUCCUGGCACUAUAGUGGUCCUUUAACUCCUAAAUUGAAGAGAAAUGAGCAGUGAGAUCGCAGGGGCAAGAUCUAUACACCAAAACACUCUGUUAAGCUAACGUUCUUUAGGUACUUCUAGUGUCUCUUUAAAAGUCUAGGUUGGGACAUGCUCAAAAGAGUUGUAACCUAAUUAAUAUGCAUUACUUGCAACAUGGUUAUCAAAUGUGUACAUUAAAAAUACUUAUGGCUGUCGGAAAUGGGUGUUUGUACAACUGCCGGCCUCCAAAUGAUGUGACCAAUGCAAUAUUUAUCAGGAGCAUAGCUACUGACCUCUUUUACAGACAGCCAUUUGCUGUAAUUUAUCUUGAAUAGUGAAUCAACACAGAAGAAGAGGAAUAUGUUAUAGAAAUCUUAAACCAGUCAAUUAUAAAAAAAAUUUGCACAGCCUAUUUUUCUUUUUUUUUCUUUUUUUUUUAGGAAAUAUAUUUGCUUGGUUACAUAUUGUAUAUCAAAUAAUAUUGUUGCACUUCUUUGAUACAAUUUAGGGAAAAUUUACUAUUGUUUUCCCAAUUGACAUUUAAAGGCCAUGAAAAUGAGCCGUCGAUCAAAUGAUGCCAGCCAGAGAAGUUUAGCGUACAUCAAGAUUGUAGAUGCCCUGAAUGAUUUCAGGUAAGUGGGUUUUUUUUUGUUUGUUUGUUUUUUUUUUUUUUUUGUUUUUUUUUAUCAUUGGUGUCCAUCAUCUGAUACUUUUUUUUUCUUCUCCUUCUUCAGUGUGUAUUAUAAUAAUAUUACAUUUCUAAAGUGGUUUUCCAAAGUUAAAGUUAGCCAAAGUACAAGUAUUUAAAUUUGUAUGUGAUAUCUUUACAGGAACACUAUGGCAUUAGGAAUACAAACAUUUAUUCCUAACACUAUAGUGUUGUCCUCACCAUGUAAAUAUGGCCCCCAUUCCCUUCAAGAGUUAAAAAAACAGUUUGCUUUAUCCUAUAUCGCCCUGUGCGGUGGUCUCUUCUCUUUCGCUAAGAUUAUCAAUUUGAACUUCGCCAGUCAAAUGCUGUCUGCAAGAGUCAUUUGAUUAAAGGACCACUAUAGGCACCCAGACCACUUCAGCUUAAUGAAGUGGUCUGGGUGCCUGGUCCAGCUAGGAUUAACCCUUUUUAAUAAACAUAGCAGUUUCAGAGAAACUGCUAUGUUUACACUGAGGGUUAAUCCAGCCUCUAAAGCCUCUAGUGGCUGUCUCAUUGACUGCCGCUAGAGGUGCUUGCGUGCUUCUCACUGUGAAAAUCACAGUGAGAAGACAACAGCGUCCAUUGUAAAUGCUUUCCUCUGAGACCGGCUGAAUGCGCGGCUCCUGCCGCGCGUGCGCAUUCAUCCGAUGACGUCGCUAGGAAGAAAGAGAGGAGGAGGAGGAAAGCUCCGCGCCCGGCGCUGGAGAAAGGUAAAAUUUUAACCCCUUCCUCUCCCCAGAGCCCGGCAGGAGGAGGACCCUGAGGGUGGGGCACCACAGUGCCAGGAAAACGAGUAUGUUUUCCUGGCACUAUAGUGGUCCUUUAAAAGUCUCACUCAGUUAUUCAGCAUAGACACCCUCUAGUUGCUGUCAGGAAGAAUGCCAGUAGAGGUAUGUUAACCCUGCAAUCAUAACAUUACUAUUUCUAUUAAAUACAAAUGUUUUGGUUUGUAGUGUUAAAACAAAAGGGCAACUGCUCUGAGAAGGAUUGAUUUGGGUGCCUUUGGUGGUACUGUAAUUAGUCAGAAUAAAUGACCUGAUUCUUUACUUAACCCAAUAUGCCUUUGGUAAAAAUCAUACUUGCAGUUUCUUAUAUGCAUCAUAGAGGUCUCUCAAUUCCCGUUCUUAUUACGGUAGGAAGGUGGUUGGAACCAAAUGGGAAAUGAACCUGCCAGUAUCGGAACAUUUUUUUAUUGCUUGGAGAAUGUGGAGUUACAUUAAACUCUGAUCACUGUUUUACGUGAAGUCUUGGUAAUAAUCCAUCCUUAAUAGAGAAAGAAUAAGUGAUUGGCCAUGCAAGCACUCAUCCAAAGCCAAAUGGUUUGAUGCACCACCUCCAAUACUGAAUAAAUACAAAUAGAUCAGGUACCUAAAAGGUUGCAUUUAUGCACCUUUAAUUCCUCACCAGCGUAAUGUUUCCACUCUCUAUCGAGCCUUUUCUUAAGCAUGAUGGGCAGGUAAUAACCAACCAAACCUGAAGGCUCUGCUGAAACCCCAUGCACACCUCACUUUUGCUCAACUAUAACUACUAACUUGUCAAACGCUUAUUGUAGCUCGUACAACUAUAGUAGAAUCUGGAGAGCAGCCAUUUGGCUAAACCUGGUCUUUGUCCUCGCCUGCCUUGAGAUUUUCACUUCCCCUCCACUUGAAACAAUUUGUUCUACGUGCAGCAGCCAAAUUAAUUUUGGAGAGUAAUGCAGCAAUGUGUGUGGAGUCCUUGAAUAUCAAGUCACAUCAAUCUCAGUAGGAGUCAAAUUGACCCAUGGGGAAUGAGCUAGAACUGUUUUUAUUUUUUUUUAUUUUAGUAUUUGUUGCUUUGGAAGCAGAAUUAUAAGUGUUUGGCCAAGUCAUGGGAUACAGUGAUAGUCACGUUUCAAGGACAUGUGAUUAGUGAAUAUCUUUUUCUUACGGACAUACAAGCUUUUUUCAAUUUUUACGUAAUGGCUAUAAAAAUUGACUUCUAUUUUCUUUACUCUUUUCUUUAAAAUCCUGCAUUCACAUGUAGGUCCAUAUAGUCGAAAGUCCAUGUCAUAGUUUAACCUUUAUCCUGUGCUUAGUCCGUAUAAUUUGUCUAUACCACAUCUUAGUAAUAAAAAUCUUGGUAAUAAAAAAACACUUCAGCUAUAAUGUGUAGGUAAGAUUUCUAUAAAUCAAGAGGAACAUGCAUCAUCCGAUCAAACCCUGAGGUUCUCAAAUAUAAACAAAGGCCAUCUAUAGGUUUAACGUAAAGACACCCUGUUUGGUUUCAAGACAUAGAGCAGUUUAUUUCAGCAUUCCACUGAUAACCUUAAUUCUUAAUUCAAUGUUACCCAUCAAUGGAACAUUAAAGGUUUUAAAAAUGUGGACCAACAUUCAAUAUCCUUCUGACAGUUUUAUUUAAAUACUUAUGAGAUUCAGCCAUAUUUGCUCAGUGGUUGUUUUAUAAUAUCUGGGAAAAAAUAUGUUAUAUCUCGUAGUUUGCAUGUUUUAUGUAUGCAUUUAUUUUUUUGAAUGUGGUAGAUAAAUGGCAUACCAUUGGGAUGUAAACCCAACACUUUUGAGAGAAACAUUUGAUGUUGCAGAAGGAGGGCUAUGGGAAGAGUUGAUCUGGACGAGAGUAAGAAGCGCUAUGAGGAAAGGAAGGGUCAGAGGGAGAGGUGACAUAAAUGAGAAGGGCUUUGCAAAGAGGUGAUGUGGCUUGGAUGAGAAGCAUGGCAACAAGGUGAAGAUGGGUAUGAGACCAAGGGAAAAUUAAAGUGGCAUGGAUAGGAAAUAAAGGAUACAUACAGAGGGUACAUACAUUUUCAUGCACAUACAAACCUGCAUUCACACACAUUCCUUUUCACAAAUAUACCUUUAAAUUCCUUAUCAUUGAUAUGCACACUUACACUCUUAAUAAACAUCCCUGCAUACACAGAUUCACGCUGCAAACACACACCCCUGCAUUUACUCAGAAUGACAUGCUGUUUGGAAAAAAAAAAGUAGUGUGUAUGCUGUUGUGGUGGUGAGUACAUUUUAAGUUUGGCUAGUAGUUUAUGAAUAUUUGAGCCCUGUCCCUGAGCCCUCAGUAUCUUUGUUUUUUCAACUGUGCAUUUUUGUUCCUAAAAAAAGAAUGCAGUGAUGAAAAACCAAAAGCCACUUUGGAUAACUAUACAAUCUUAGCAGGUGCACAAAUUCCUCUGUGUAAGUUUACAGUACUACAUAUUGGCAAGUGCUAGACUUUGGGUUCUGUUUCCCAUAAGCUGUCUCUAAUUUUAAUCCAGUUUCGUGUAUGAACUGUUGUAAGAAAAGAGUGGUAGCUUUGAAUUUUUGGCUGCUUGUUUUCAUUAAGGUCAAGGGCAUUUUGCCCUGAUUAUGUGCACAGCAAGAAGUGUCCUUAACAGGAGAUGCUAGGUGGCCCAGAAUUCUGCGGACUAUGAACCCCAGUGGUAAUCUUACCAUGUGGUGUUUAUCAGGGCCGGAUCUGUGAAUCUCACGAGGUGUAUUAAUGCAGCCAGAUGGCUUUAACUACCUGUGAAAUAACCAGGCAUCUCAUACUGCAGCCAGUGUCCUGAAAUUACCUAAUUUAACCCACAGCUAGCAUUGCUUCGCAUAAUUUGGUCCACAAAUUCUCUGUUAAAACAUUUGAUUUGGAUUUAGUUUUUUCCAACAUAUUUAUUUAUAUGUAUGUUUGCAUAGUUUUAUUUUAAAUUUUAAUUAUUUUAUGUGACUUAACAUAUAUUAUUAUUGCGAUUUCUAUAGCGCCAACAGAUUCCGUAGUGCUUUACAAUAUUAUUAGAGGGGGGAUUUGACUAUAAAUCGGACAAUUUCAAGAAAACUUACAGAAACGAAGGGUUGAAGAGGGCCCUGCUCAAACAAGCUUACAGUCUAUAGGAGGUGGGGUAUAAAACACAUUAGGACAGGGAAUAGAAGUCAAAUUAGGUGGGAGUGGAGCAGAGGUGGUGGAGAGAGUAGAGUGCUGCCCUUUAGGAGAGAGCAAGAGGCAGGUAUGUGAGGUAGAGGUUAGUCUGGGAGGCCAUAGGCUUUCCUAAAGAAAUUAGUUUUAUGGCACUUCUUAAGUGAUUGAAGACUAGGGGAGAGUCUGAUGGUGGUAGGAUGCCGCCCGCGAAAAGUCCUGCAAGCGCGAGUUGGCCGUACGGGUACGAGAAGCGGACAGAAGAAGGUCACGGGCAGAGCGGAGAGACCGAGAAGGGGCAUACCUAUGGAUCUGUGAGGAGAUAUAAGAGGGGCUUAGAUUAUUCAGUGCUUUAUAGGUAUGGGUUAGCACUUUGAAUUGACUCCUAUGGGAUACAGGAAGCCAAUGUAAGGGCUGACAGAGGAGUGAGGUGUGAGAGGACUGACUAGAGAGGAAAAUCAGUCUGGCGGCAGCAUUCAUUACAGGCUGUAGCGGGGCAAUACGGCUAUUGGGAAGACCAAUUAGGAAAGAGUUACAAUAGUCCAUGCGAGAGAUUACUAGAGCAUGGAUAAGCUCUUUAGUAGCAUCUUGUGUAAGAAAGGGACGGAUGCGGGCGAUGUUUUUGAGGUGGAAUUGGCAUGAUUUGACAGAAGUCUGGGGAGGAGAGAUAUAUCUGGAUGUCAUCAGCGUACCAGUGGUAUUUGAAUCCAAAAGAGGUAAUAAGCUUGCCAAGAGAGGCAGUGUAAAGAGAAAAUCGAAGGGGACCAAGGACAGAGCCUUGAGGGACUCCAAAUGAGACAGGACGAACAGUGUAGGUAUCAUUUGAAGGAGACUCUGAAUGAGCGUUGGGAGAGAUAGGAGGAAAACCAUGAGAGGACAGAGUCACAGAGACCGAGUGAUUGAAGAGUUUGGAGAAGGAGAACAUGAUCAACAGUGUCAAAAGCAGCGGAGAGAUCAAGAAGAAUUAAUAUGGAGUAGAGACCUUUGGAUUUAGCUGUGAUGAGGUCAUUAGUGACUUUGAUAAGGGCAGUCUCAGUAGAGUAGAGGGGGCGGAAGCCAGACUUAAGAGGGUCGAGGAGAGAGUAGGAGUUGAGGAAGCAGGCCAGACGGGUGAAGAGUAGUCUUUCAAGAAGCUUUGAGUAGAAAGGGAGCAGGGAUAUAGGAUGAUAGUUAGAGAGGGAGGAUGGGUCGAGACAUGGUUUUUUUUAAGAUGGGUACUACAGUAGCAUGUUUCAGGACAGCAGGAACAGUGCCAGAAGAAAGAGAGCAGUUGAAGAUGUGUGUUAAGGAGGGCACAAGACAAGAAGAGAGAGAUCUAAUAAGGUGAGAUGGGACAGGAUCAAGCGGGCAAGUGGUGGGGCGAGAGGAAAGGAUAAGUGCAGCCACCUCUUGUUCAGUAGCCUGGGAGAAGGUCGGAAGGGUUGGAGAGGCAUGAUCCAGGGGAGGUUGAAAAGGUGAGGGGCAAGGUGGUGAGAAUUAUUUCCUUAUCUGUUCAAUCUUGUCAGUAAAGUAGCAAGCAAGACUAUCGGCUGUAAGGUUAGUUUGGGGAGUGGCCACAGCAGGGCAAAGAAGAGAGUUAAAGGUAUCAAAGAGACGCCUGAGAUUGUGGAAGCAUGAACGAAUAAGAGAAGAAAAGUAUGAGUGUUUGGCAAGGGCAAGGGCUGUGCUGUAUGAACGCAAUAUGAAUUUGGAGUGUAGAAAGUCUGACUCGGUGUGAGACUUCCUCCAGCAGCGUUCAGCAGAACGAGAACAUCUUUGCAGGUAGCGUGUUGAUUUAGUGUUCCAUGGUUGGGGGCGUGUCCUCCUUGCGGUGUGUAUUUGGAGAGGGACUGCAGUUUCCAGGGCUGAGGUGAGUGUAGAGUUAUAUGAGGAGAUAGCCAGUGAGGGACAUGAGUGAGCAGUAAUGGAUAAUAGUUGGGAAUUGAUAUCAGCUGACAGCUGCUGGAGGUUUAUAUAACUCAGAUUCCUUCUGAGUUGAGGGGGGUUAGGUUGAGGUUGUUGGGGGAGGGGGCUAUUGAGAGCAAAUGAUUGGAAAUGAUGAUCUUAGAGAGGAAAUGGAGUGUUGCAGAUAGUAGAGACUGUACAAUCAUGAGUGAAAAUAAGGUCUAGAGUAUUGCUACAUGGGUGGGGGACUUAGCCCACUGUGAUAGCCCAAGGGAGGAGGUAAUAGAAGGUAGUUUUGAGGCUGCUGAGGUCAAGGGUGAGUUAAUUGGAAUGUUGAAGUCUCCAGGAAUUACAGAUGGAAUGUUAGAGAAACAUAGAAACAUAGAAUGUGACGGCAGAUAAGAACCAUUCGGCCCAUCUAGUCUGCCCAAUUUUCUAAAUACUUUCAUUAGUCCCUAGCCUUAUCUUAUAGUUAGGAUAGCUUUAUGCCUAUCCCACGCAUGCUUAAACUCCUUUACUGUGUUAACCUCUACCACUUCAGCUGGAAGGCUAUUCCAUGCAUCCACUACCCUCUCAGUAAAGUAAUACUUCCUGAUAUUAUUUUUAAACCUUUGUCCCUCUAAUUUAAGACUAUGUCCUCUUGUUGUGGUAGUUUUUCUUCUUUUAAAUAUAGUCUCCUCCUUUACUGUGUUGAUUCCCUUUAUAUAUUUAAAUGUUUCUAUCAUAUCCCCCCUGUCUCGUCUUUCCUCCAAGCUAUACAUGUUAAGAUCCUUUAACCUUUCCUGGUAAGUUUUAUCCCGCAAUCCAUGAACCAGUUUAGUAGCCCUUCUCUGAACCCUCUCUAAGGUAUCAAUAUCCUUCUGAAGAUACGGUCUCCAGUACUGUGUACAAUACUCCAAGUGAGGUCUCACCAGUGUUCUGUACAAUGGCAUGAGCACUUCCCUCUUUCUACUGCUAAUACCUCUCCCUAUACAACCAAGCAUUCUUCUAGAGGAAAGGAAGUAAGAAAGCCAGGCAGCAAAGUGGUCAAGGAAGAGAAGUGGGGAACCAGGGGGACGAUAGAUAACCGCAAUGUUAGCAGAGAUGGCUUUAAAAAGGCGGAUUGAAUGAAUCUCAAAUGAUGAGAAAGAUUGGGAAGGGGUGUGGGUAGAGGUUUGAAGGAGCAGUGAGGUGAGAGCAGAAACCCUAUGCCACCACCUUUAUUUUCAGAGUUUCUUGGGUUGUGGGAAAAUUGAAGACCAUCAAAGGAAAUAUACAUAUUUAGUAAUUUGAGAAGCCCUUUUUUGGUUGUAAAAUAAUGGAUAAUGCAAUUGAUUGGAAGCUAUGCCAGGGGGAUGACUUUUCCCACAGCACAUCAUGCACAGGAAUAACAGUGAGCCUGAGGCAUCGUUGGUCUGAUAGCCCUCUACAAACUACACCUGCCAAACAGUGAAAGGGUUUGGGCAGGCCAUUAAGUAGAUAACCACUGGUGGGUGGAAUGGUCAUACCACCUAAUGGAGAUGAGAGAAACCCCAGUUUUACAAUUUUUUAUUCUUCAUAUUUAUUUAGAGGGGGGCAGACACUUAAUUGUAAGUGCAGGGUGUUAUAAAACUAAAUAAGUUCAUUCUAAAAAACAAAAUGUUAAGUGGAGUAAUCUGGAUGGAGUGCCAGUUUUUGAUUUACUGCAGACUGUUUCUAUGCAUGUCUUCUACUCAACACAUAUUCAUUCUUUCUCCUCUAUUCCUCACUCACCAGUAUGGUUUCUGCCCAGGUUCCAACAUGGAAUAUGCUAUAACAUGAGCAUACAUUAUUAUAAUUCCACUCAUUGACAUUAUCCUGCCUAUUGCAUUUAUUAAAUUCAUUUAAAAGUGUUAGCAUUGCAUCAAAUCAUUUCUCAACAUAUUUCACAUCUAAGAGUUAAGCCUUGGUGAUCCAAACUCCAUUCUCUACCAGUUUUAAGUAAUUUUAGGGAGGCACACCUUCUGCUUUUAGCUGCUCAAAUACUUGUAAUCAGCUUCCUCAGUGUGCAGAAACUUUAGUGUGAAAUAUGAUCUCAAAGCACAUCAAACAUUUUAAAGUGGACCUAUCACUUUUAACUUUGACAUUUUUAUGAUGGAAAAACAAAAAAAAAAAUGGUUGGAAUUUUCUUAAUUAACCUUUUCCAUUCACCAUUGUCAUUGUGAAGCAAAUUUCUGUGACCUUGUAUUCUUGCUGCUGUUGAUUGUAACUUCCAACAUGUUACGUUUUUGACUAUUGUUUACAAAGAUUUGUAUUUUUACAAUGGCAAGCCUAACGUUUAAACCAGAACCUCUGUAAAGCAGUUUGUUGUGGUUAGAUGGUGCUACCACAUGAGUACAGUCUACUGUGUAAGAGGGGUUAAGUGCCAUGUUUAAAGAGGGAGAGAAAUCUACUGAAACUGGGUGUGGGCAUAUGACACAUAUAACUACAUGCCAUGCCCUUGCUCUCUGAGCAAUAAUACUCUUAUUUGUUGCAUGGAGGUUUCCCUUUAUUGAAGGCACAUGUCUGCUGGUAGGCUGCCAGUAGAAUCUGAUCUCUGCCAGAGGCUACCAGAAUAGUAAAUAAUGUGUCACAAGACUUGGUCUAUCUGCCCACAGCAAACACAUUUUAACACCUUCUGGAACCGAUGGCCCUUAACCCUUAACAAAGUCAGUUGUUCAUGUGCAGUUUGUUUAAAGUAGAGCUUGUGAGGCGUGUGUUCAUUCAUGGGGGUGGUAAAUCAUCUAAGUACCAUAAAAUGCAAGGCUAAUUACAUUUUUUUGGACAUGUCCUUUACUUGCACAGCGAGUCCAUCAUGUUUUUACUCUGUAUUAUAGUUAACAUGUAUAGUCACAAGCAGUUUUCUUGACAUGGUGAUGUUGUUGGAAAGCAACACUGUAAUACGUGCAUUUAACACCGUGAAAUGAUUUAGCCUUCACCAUUUUCAGAUUUAUUUCUGACACCAGUGCCUGUGUACUUACAGGUUCGACCACAUUUCCUAAUAGAGGUUUUUCACCAUAAAACAGUGACCCUGCAAAUCGAAAAGAAUCUACAAAUAACUUAAAUUUUUUUUUUAAAUCAGAUACAUACAUAUACAAUGUACAAUAAAUCUGGUGCAUUUGGUGACACUGUAAGGAUUGUAUACUAAUAUCUGAAUUGUUGGAUAUUCAAAGACGAUUUCAAAUUAUUGGGCCCAAUAAACAAAUUAGAAAUAUUUUCCAAGUCAAUUGUGUUUUCAGUUUGUCUUUUGGCCUAAGAUUUUAAAUUCACUUUUAAUUCCUGAUACUUUGCAUUUCUGAAACAGGAGCUUCAUAGUUAUACAGCAGGGAGAUAUAAAAAAACAAACAAAAAAAAACAACAAAAUAAAAACGAAGUAGGUGAGUUUACUCACAAAAAAAUAAAUAGAACAAAUACCUGACAUACAAAAACGUUGAUCAGGCAUCCGUAAACUAGCUCUGCCUCUUAGAUUUUUAUGUGAGCAGCAAUCUAAAGGAAACAAACUGCAUUAAACAACAAUUUGUGUUUAUUAUUACUGAUAAGUAGGAGCACAUGUUGUCUUAUUAUUUUACUAAACCGAAGUCUCUUUGCUUUUACCAGAACAACGAUCAGUAAUUUAUACACCAUGCCAAGGAUUUCUGAGCCUGUCUGGUUGACUAUGAUGUCUGGGGCACCUGAAAAAAAUAACCUCUGCCAUCGCUUCAUGAAAGAGUUUGCCUUCCUCAUGGAAUACACCUCGAAAAGCCAGUAUGUGUCCAUUUUCUUCUCAAAUAUAUCUUAAAACAAUCUUGCAGUGUUUAUUGAAAAGAAGAGCUGCUGUCCUUGGGAUUUGUCAUGUAACAAAGUACAUUCUGCCCAAGACUCGAACACCACUUCUGUGUACUGAAAUAACAUUAAUAAUAAUGUUACUGCAAUGUAACAUUUGGCAAUGUAAAUACUUAGCAAUUUGCACAAAACAAGGCCACAAAACAAAGCAAUCUCUCUUUCAAUACCAUUUUUAAUUUCUCAGAAGACUUUCAAUAUGUUGUACAUACUAACAGUUUCACAAAACAUAUUUGUAUAUUUCACCUGUGUUGUUUAAAGAGGAGUCCCAUGUACCAUAAACACUACAGCUCAUUAUAGUGGUUAUGUUGAAUCUUCCCCUCCCCACCCUCCAUUUUCUAUUAAAACACAAGGCCAGCUCAUCUGUAGCCACCCCGAUAAGGCAGAAUAUUCACUUUUGCUUUAUCUGUUUGAAGCUGUCCGGUCUGAAAACAAAAAGCUGGAAAUUUUGUGUUUAGAGCAUCAGCUGGUACAGGACAUGGUACAUUACAGAAACAUUAUAAUCUCUGGCUUGCUGAUGAAUCACAUCAGGCUCUGUUCCUUUUAUAGAAUUAGAUGAGUAUUGCAGAUGUCAAUUUGUGUUUAAUAUCAACAAAAACACUUGAAAGAGAGCUAAAACAGUCAACCUAUCUAUGACAUUCAUUAUCAACUGAGAACAAAUUUGUUUUAAUCUUGGGGGAAAAAUAUGAAUGGUAAUUGUUAUCAUGAAUACAGUUCUAUGCAUAGUUUGGGCUUUCAGAUCCCAAUUUUGUAUUUAGUUAUUGUCAGCAGGAAGCUUGUUGGAGUAACUUUAAUACUUUUUUAAUAUGGGAAAUAUUCCAAAACAGAAGGUCAGGCAAAUGUACAACGUGGUAAACAAUAACCCAAAGUCCAGAGUACUUUAUCAAUCCAAAAUGACCAUAAUUGGAAGCCUUACAGGAAGAGUCGGUAACUGCAUGUAACGUGGGUGCUAUAUGUUUAGAGCUGUGAUGCUAAGAUAUCAAAAGUGCAAAAUAAUGGAGAAAUCAUUAUAUUCAGGACAUUUCCUUCUCAUUGUCCUCACAGCCAUGGAUGUUAAGUAUCAAACAAUGAAUAUAUCUUAGGAAGGAAAAAUAAUUCACUAAACCAGAUGAAUAAUAAAGAUAGCUUUGGAUACUAUAAUAAUUAUAUCCAUAGGAAAAUAAUCUAGUUUUUAUGUGUUUAGACUAUUCCCAUAUGAUUUCUUAGUAUGCUAUAUAAUCCAGAAGAAUGGUUUGAAAACCUGUCCUCACGACCCAGUAACAGUCCAGGUUUUUUCAGUAUCUCCAUUGAAAUAAAAAAGGGAAGUACAUUAAUCCUGAAUUGUUGAUGGGCCAUUGAGACUGGUUUGGGAACCACUGAUCUAGACUAUAACUGUAUCUUCUAAUGCUGACACUCGAGUCUUGUUCCUCAACUUACGUUACAUAGACAUGGUGCUAUAAGGGUCCAGUAAUGAAGCCAGCCAUUGCUUUGAAUACAUUAGGAGAACAUGCACUGUACCGAAUGCAACGUGCUGGCCUUCCUCUAUAAAUUGAUUAAUCCAGUAAGCCUGUAGUGUCUAGAAAUGAGGCAUUAUAUAUUUUUUUUCUGACUUGAAACAACCUUCGAUUCACUGAAGACAAUCAUGAUUUACCAUUGCUCAUAUAGGUAAAAAAAAUAGUGUUAUCAUAGUGUGCAAAACAAUCUGUAACAGAUUAGCAAGUUUUCAAUAUAAAAAUUCCUUGGGGAGCCUUCAGAAAUGACAGAAAUGUGUAAUUAGGAUUUGUGUAGUUAAAAGGCUGUGCAAAGUCUUCCCGUAGACUGAUUGCUUUCUCCUUUACCCUCCUUAUACAGUGCUACUUCCAAAUGGUAAUGCUAUAGUCAGCAGUACUAAACAUAGCCUGGGGGUGCUUGCCAGCCAAAUAUUCACUCAUAGCGCUUCCCUUUUACAGCUGAACCUAAUUAAAGCCCUAUUAGCAAGGAACUCUGUUUUAACAAGAUAUAAAAACAAACUGUACACAGAUCUUCAUUUACAUGCUUUCAUUGUAUACCCACUUGAUCACAUGCCAUUUCCAAACACACACUAGCAUAGAUCUUGGUGGUUAUUAGCUGGUGAGGUAGAUGGUAUUUGCCUGCAUGUUGGUAACUGGAUGCCAUCUAAAUUCUUGUGGGUUAACAUAUAUUUAUAUAUUUUUUCCCUCUUCCAGUUUUUUACCAGCUCUGCUUACUGCUCUUCUUACAAAUCACCUUGCCUGGGUUCCAACAGUCAUGCCCAACGGACAGCCUCCUAUUAAAAUCUUUCUUGAGAAGCAUUCGUCACAAAGUGUGGAUAUGUUGGCAAAGACGCACCCUUACAACCCACUCUGGGCACAAUUGGGUAAGAUGAAGGCAGAAAAAAAAUAAAAUUGCAGUAGGAUGUAUAAGCGUUGUAAUUCAGACUAUGCUUGGCUUCUUGUCAGGGUUUAUAGGUCAGUAUUUUAACACUCUCUAAAUAGUGAAGAAAAUCAUGACAUGCUUUUGUUUUGCCAAAUUAGCCACAUAUAAAAAUAAUAAGCAAUUCUUUCAAUUCUAUAUAAUUUUUCCACAAACUGUGCCAGCGGCCUGACCAUCAGAAUCAGCCAAGGACUACCCUUCGCAUGGAAUAAUGAGGCAGGAAAGAAAGUAUGAUAGCGCAGGUGAUGGAAAGAAUUGCUGAGAACCAGGACCGCAAAUGCAGGAUGAAGAAGAUAAAUUAUAGGCUCCGUUUAUAACCGUAAAUGAGCUAGGAAACCGGAGCAAUAUGUAGAAUAAUUUAAAUGCUGAUAUUAAAGUGUAGAACAGGCAUAGGCAACAUUUUAGUAGUACUGUGUGAAGACAACAUCUUGAAGUCCCUUGGUGUGCCAAUCUUUAUUUAUUUUUUAAAUUGAGGUAUGUUGUCGUAUUGUGCUUGUGUUAUUUAUGGGUUCUGCAGUUGCUUUGUGACUCUAUAACAUUGUAUUUGUGUGUAUGCGAGCUGUUAUAGUGUAUAUGUUCAUGAGUAGUUUGUGGUAUUGUGUAUGAUACCUAUAUAUGUAAGCAGAGGGCUUUUUGUGGAAUUGUGUGUGGAUAAUAUAUAUCACAUUGUGUGUUUGGUGUUGGGUUGUAUACGUGUAUGCGGAUUGUCCGUGGUGUUGUGUUUGUAGGGACUGUGUGUGAGCAAUUUGUCUUAUUUGAAUGAGGGGCAGGCUUCUUCUGCAACUCUGUGUAUAUCUAGCAAUGUGAAUGACUUUCCUGGGGUCCAGAAGGGAGACAGGUAUGGCCAGGAACAGGUCAAGGGCAGGUACUGCAGGGCAUUGUUACGUUGAGAAAGGGACUGGGGGUCGCAAAACAUUUAUUAUAAGAGCAUAAAUCAAGCAACUGUGGGUUGCACAAGUGGGCCUGAUUACAUAAGAUGCUCAUUGUAUGUUUCACUCUGUUUUGCGAUUUGAUCACUCUGCUGGUGGAGUAGGAGCAGUUUAUAUACUUAUGCUGCACUUGUUGAAUUUAGUUUUAUUUUUUGCUUUUUGACACUCCUAUAUGUAUUCACUAUUUGCAAGCAGACAGCCUGUCUACUGAUGUCACUGCAUUUGCAGAGUGAAGUAGGGAAGACCAUGCACUUUGUGUCUGGAGAUUGUCAUUUUUGACAGUUUAGAAAAUUGCUGAUUUUCAAGAAAAACAAUUCCCUAGUGAACACUUAGACAGCCUGGGAGGUUUUCUUCCAUUUUUGUUCUCUCUACAGUGCUAGGACUAGAGAGUGCCCUCCCCCCUUCUGUACUGCGGCUCAUUGAGAAGCAUUGGAAAGCUGUGAUGAGCACAUAGGCUCUGUGAUAAGCCUCUGACUGGUCAAGUCCCUAUCAAAAUCUGAACGUCUGCACAAGGGAUAAAGGUGGGGGUUUGCAAAGGCUGCAGACAAAAGAAAGUAUGUAGGAAAAAAAUACAUGCAUGUCUUCUUUUGGGUGAAUAUCAAUUAAAUAAUAAUUAAAAAAAUAAAGUUGUAUGGGUUUUCUAAGAACUAGAACAAACCUUUAGCAUAUUUUAUUGCAAAAUGAAACUUUUCUGCUAGGUUCUUUGUGAAGGGGAAAGAUUGUGGGCAGGUAUACAAGGUUGUAUGGAAAUCCGCUUUCGUUUUGUACUGUAAUGAUUUGUGAUACGCAUAUUUUAAACGUGGUUUGAGGGUUUUUCACUUCAGACAUUUGCAUUGGGUGUGGCAGAUCAACUUUCACUUUGGAGUUUAGCUUUGCUGCCAUCUACUGCCAGGUAUGGAUUAUGCAUGAAAUGCCUUUUGCUUAUGUUUAAAUGGUGGUAACCGUAUUAACUAUUUAAUGUCAAUAGAUUAUGUAGGUAGGAAUCAAAGAUAAUCAUUUUAUAAUUUAUAUUUAAUUGAUGGCAGGAUUUUUGAAAAACAAACUAGCUAUAAUGUUGUUCCAUAAUAAAGUGAUAGAAGGAAGCUGGUUCACAAAACAAAAUCUUAAAACAAAAAAACUAAAUGUAUUUGCCUUACUGAGCUGUAACACCAGGCAGUCAGCUUUGAUGUUGAGUGGAUGUGCUGAUCUGUCUGCCUUACCUGCUUGAUAUUGGCUAAACUCUGGCUCUUUUUUGGUUUGAAGUUUUUAUCGCCCCAUUGGGUGAAUAAUAGUGUUUUGGGCUUUAAUAUAUCGUUUGAACACGGUCCAUUUUAUUGCUUUAUCUGAUCUUUUAGGCUCUCAAACCAUUGAAAGAAAAAAAUAUAUAAUUGGACUAAUGAUAAUUAGGUGAUUGUCCUCUAAAUAAUAAUCUAAUUUAGUUCAUGUAAAUCUGUGAAAUGUUCUCUUGUGUAAGAGACUUCUUCAAAAAAUAUAAUGUAGUUGUAUCAGGUUUAUUUACUAAACCAGAAACUUGGCAUAGAAUUCCAAAUUUUAGGCCAUAAUAGUGGAGUUGGAAAAUAGCUGGUUUACAAAUUUGAGAGUUUAUUGGAACUUCCCUGGUCAGCUCUUAGCUUAAUGAAUGACCAUGUAUAUUUCCCAUUUAAUGUUAUGUAAGUAGGAGUGCUAUAAUCCUGUUUUGUUUUUGUUUAUAUAUAUAUAUAUAUAUAUAUAUAUAAAUAGUUUUAAAAAAAAUGUGUGCACAAAAUUAACAAACAGCCUUAGUACGCCACAAUAGUGGUAUCAAGGUAUAUUCAAUUUUAGUGUGCAAUACAUUUCCUAGUAUUCAGGCUGUCAAAUUACUAUAAAAAAAAAUAUAUAUAUAUAUAUAUAUAUAUAUAUAUAUAUAUAUAUAUAUAUACACAUAUAAACACUAGCAGGUUCAGACAUGUCUUAGUCUAUUUAUGUAGAGUAAGAGUAUGAAGUGGAACUGGCUAGGCAUACCGGUCUAGAAUCUAUAGGAACUUUGAAGCAGAGUAGGCUGUCUAGACGGAAAAAGUGUUGUCUAUAGAAUAUUUUGAAUUAACAUGCUAGGCAAACUAAGGAAAAACAUACAAUACCUGGAGCACAUUAAAUUUAAGAAGAUGGUCUGGACAGCAGUGAUCGUGUUAUCACAUAGUAUCGGCAGAUGGUUGGUAAGUCCCAGUAUAGUCACUGUGGCACUGUCCUGGGUGACAAUUAAACAGUCAGCCUACACCUGAGAUUGGGAAAUCUUGUGCAAGAGUAUGAAGGGUCAGGAAGGCAACGAUACUCUGGCCGAGUUGUGGAGCCUCCCACCUGCCCCAAGUCGGGUUACAGGCCUGCAUCCUUGCGCCAUGGACUUGAGAUCCCUCAAAAUUCAAGUCCUUUCCCCUUGGAGAGAAACAGAGGAACCUACGAGCACGGCGCUGCUAAGAGCGGUUUAUCCUCCGUCUCUGUGUGCGAUGCUUUGGGAUCGUGCCCCUCUUGGCCUUCAACCCAGGCGGGCUAGUUGUUGUGGGUCGAUGUGUGCCAAGAGAGUGAUCGCCCUGGGAGGCUCACUCUGCAGCCAAGUACUGUUCUCCUGAGUUUCCCCUUGUAGCGAAGGUGCUAUGGCUGCCUGCCGUGCCACGGGGCAUCACAGAAGCGGGUAAAGAGCUUCUCCAGCCGCUUCAUGAAGUUUCCUGUAGGGUUAAGAUAGACCACCUCAUAUUGUGUGUGUCGGGGCUCUCUCAAGGAGAGGACAGCCUCCAUCUUGUUAAGGUGCACUGCUGCUUGCGGUCAGGAUGCACAGCACAGCUUGAUAUGUCUGCAGGCGCGUGGGGGCCGGGAUGACCCCCAUCGGUCCAGAGGUGGGGGAGAACUGAUCUGCACAAUCUGGUCAGGUCAGCCAACCAGGGCACCAGGAGAGCGGCCAUCUCUCCCACGCCAGGUCUGCCUGUAGGCCGCAAAGUUGAGGUAUUGGGUGAUCCAGUGAGUAGCGUCAUGAUUUUAAUAUUUGCGUGUUCGCCCCCUUUCAGGAAAGUGUUGUUGUGCGGUCAGAUCUGCAAAUUGUCAAUCACUUAGUGCUUUAAAUCACUGCUUGGAGCAGGAGCUCGCACAGCAUGCGUCUGCUCCUCACGGAUGUCAAGCCCCGCCCCCUCACUAUAAUGUAACCAGGAAAAAUGUGUAAAUUAUGUGCUGUUACAUGGUUGAUAGAUGAAAUGUGCUAACAAACCAAUGAAUUGAAUAUCAAACUACUAAAUUCAAGCCAGAAUAGGCAAUAUAAAGAAAAGAUAUUCAGGUCAGCUUUAGUAAUCUCUUGGCUAUUUUACUUUGCAUUUUGCUAUUUGUUUUUCAUUUCUCCACCAUUCACUGUUCAACGAAUAGACUACAGUGGAUUUUGUGAAAAAAAGAGGUGAAACUUAUAACAAGUCUUAUUAGCUCGACUCCACUAAAAUCAAAUCUACAGUCUUCUAAGUCAAAUACUUGUAGUAUGUGAUAAAAUGUAAAGUACAAUACUCAUUUCUAUCCCGGGGCUUUGAUGGGCCAGUGAUGCCUGAGCCUUGAAAAAGAGUCCUCAUGAAUAUAUUUGAUUAAGUUGUAAAGAAACAUAUUCAGUUGAAAAAAAUUUUGCUUUUUCUUAGUUUCAUGGUUGUGACCAAUGUUGCCUAUAUUUAUACAUUAGAAGUAAAACUAUUUUAAAUCUUUUCAAGACAUCUGUUGAUAUAAUAAAUCUUAUUUUUAUUUUCUUUAUUCAUAGGCGACUUAUAUGGAGCGAUUGGUUCUCCUGUGCGUUUGGCACGAACAGUGGUGAUAGGCAAACGGCAGGAUCUUGUGCAGCGGCUACUCUACUUUCUAACCUACUUCAUCAGAUGCUCUGAACUCCAAGAGACACAUCUUUUGGAGAGUGGGGAAGAUGAGGCCAUUGUUAUGCCAGGCACAGUCAUAACUACAAUGCUUCAGAAAGGAGAGGUGGAGGAGUCAGACUAUGUACUUAUAACCAUGCACAAGAACAAAGGUUGUUUGUUAACCAGAGAUGCAGAUGAAACUGAACCUUGUGAAAACAAAUGUCAGUGUUGUAAAUGUCCUCUUACAGACUCGGAAAAUAGUAAAAUAGAUGCGACCCAAAAAAAUGGCACUUGUAAAGAUUCUGUGGCCGCAUCUUUGGAUGCAAGUCAGACAUCCCCUCUUUCUCUUGGUCAAGAGGAAAGUGAAACCUCUUAUACCAAAAUCUACAAGGACAAACAAAGAUCUUUCUUGGAUACCAAAAUAGAGAAAGUAAUUAACGUAGGGGCUGCUACCCUCGAUAAAUAUAGCAUGCCAGUAACAGGGGUAGAACCAGCAGUGAAAGUGGAGAAGGGUGAAAAAACAUUUGGCCUUGAAAGCUUGUCUGUCAAAGGAAUAGGAAGCAGUGAAAUUUUAGUAGAGAAAAAGCCUCCAGAUAAGCCCCAGUCUGUGGCAAUGCCUUGUAGUUCUGGUUUUCCUUUGAAUAAGGUAAAAUUUCUGAUUGGAGAUUCUAUGUCACCUGACUCGGAUAUAGAGGUUAAAAGCCAGACUGUAGUCCAUCAGAUUAAUAAGCACCAAAUUACUCAAGCGAAGGAACAGAAAACACUUACUGCUGUACAGAAGGUCGAGACAAAACAAAAUAUUGCGGACCAAAAAAGUCGAAGUGGUUCUGCUGAAAAACUUCAUAAAGUAACCAGCAAAAUUCAGAACUGGAACAUGUUUCAAGCAGAAAACCUUAGUGUGUUUGAUGAAUACUUUCCAGAGGAUGGUUCUAUCGAAGCACCGAUUAUCGGUGAAAUUCCAAGAGAAGAUAUUAAGGACAGAUCAGAUUGUGAAAGCAGUUUAGGACUUUCUAUCAGUCUGCACACAAACAAUAAUAAACCUGCUUCUAAUUUAAUAAAUUUUUCUCAUCCAAAUUUAUGUAAAAACUGCUUUGCUGAGCAGGACCAAAGAGACAAAGUCUCUGUUUCUGUCCCCCAUGGGGAUAAAGAAAACUCUCAAGUUCCCCUGAGCACUGAUUGGGACAUUCCGAGGAACGAGAGUUCAGACAGUGCAUUGGGCGACAGUGAGAGUGAGGAUACAAGCCAUGAGAGUCACAGGCCAAGCAUACACUAUUAUGGAGCUGAACAAGAAGAUUGGAUGGAGGAAGAAGAAAUCUCUUUUCCAGGGUAAUCACAUUUAAAAAUGCAUAUUAUUUUUGUAUUUAUCCAGUGUGGUGGAAUCCGUACACAAAACUUCAGACUCCUCAAUUUUAGUAACUCAGACUCCACAGCACAUAACAAUUAUAUAUAUUAUAAGGCAUUGGAGUCGGUGGUACCAUAAUUUGAGAAGUCGUUGUAGAACGUUUCGUGUAUCAACUCCACAGCAUGACAUUUAUAGACUUAGAACAGUCUAUAACCGACAUAUACUGAAAGUGUCUGUCUUCCUUUCUUGUCAGUGAAGAGUAAUUAUCUCACUCACAAAUAUGUCUACUUUAUUUUUUGAAAGCAUGAUCUUAUGCCAAUCAUAAACUAAUGUCACCUUACAGGGCCUAGAUUUCAUUUGUUCACUCUGCUGGCAAAUUGUUAGCGAAUGUAUAGUUAUAUAUCUUUUUGUUUGUUCAUUUUCUGUUUUUAAAUACCUGAUGUAAAUAUUGCACAGUGAAUACACUGAUUCCAGAAAAAUACCGUAUUUUUCGCUCCAUAAGACGCACUUUUUUUCCCCUCAAAAGUGAGGGGAAAUGUCUGUGCGUCUUAUGGAGCGAAUGUGAAGAAUUACUUACCUGUCUUGGAGCGUGGGCCGGCUUCACAGCGCGCUCCGCGGUCCAGGAACUUUUAUUUCAGGUUCCGGUUUCCGGCGGGACUGAAAGGAAGUGUGCACACUGAGUGUGCACACUUCCUUUCAGUCCCGCCGGAAACCGGAACCUGAAAUAUUAGUUCCUGGACCGCGGAGCGCGCUGUGAAGCCGGCCCACGCUCCAAGACAGGUAAGUAAUUAUGGGACAAGGGAAGGGGGAGACACUAUGGGACAAGGGGAGGGGAGGAGACACUAUGGGACAAGGGGAGGGGGACACUAUGGGAGAAAGGGAGGGGAGACACUAUGGGAGAAGGGGAGGGGGGACACUAUGGGAGAAAGGGAGGGGAGACACUAUGGGACAAGGGGAGGGGGGGACACUAUGGGACAAGGGGAGGGGGGACACUAUGGGACAAGGGGACACUAUGGGACAAGGGGAUGGGGAUACUAUGGGACAAGAGGAGGGGGGACACUAUGGGACAAGGGGAGGGGGAGACACUAUGGUACAAGGGGAGGGGGAGACACUAUGGGACAAGGGCAGGGGGGACACUAUGGGAGGGAAAGUGCACUAUGGAACAAUGGGAGGGGGGGACACUAUGGGAUCAGAACACUAAUGGACAAGGGGAGGAGGGGUUAAAGAACACUAUGGGACAGGGUAGGAGGGGUUAACAAUCACUAUGGGACAGGGUAGGAGGGGUUAACAAUCACUAUGGGACAGGGUAGGAGGGGUUAACAAUCACUAUGGGACAGAGGAAAGGGGGGUUAAAGAUCAUUAUGGGACAGGGGAGAAAAAAAAAAUAUUCUGAACAAACUGUCCCAUGGUAAGAAACACUAUGGAACAGUUUGUUCAGAAUAUUUUUUUUUCUGGGUUUCCUCCUCUAAAAACUAGGUGCGUCUUAUGGUGAGGUGCGUCUUAUGGAGCGAAAAAUACGGUAGGUUUACAUGUAAAAGUGCACAGUUUUUUUUAAUAACAAUGAAAUUUCAUUGUGUACGUAUAGUUGCAACUGUGUUUUAAGGUGUUGCUAAAAUUCAUGAUGGUUUGAUUGUGAGCUUGUUUUAGCAGGGCUUUCCUUAUCCCUUUCUCUAAUUGUAAAACACCGUGGAAUAUGUUAAGGAUAUAAAUACUAAUUAAUUUAAAUAAAAAAAUAGGUCAAUAUUUAAUAUAUAUUUGCCUACGAAAAGAGCGCCCCAAUGUGAUUUAAUGGCACCUGCAGUGUGUAUUGACGUACAUGACAAAAAAGCAUUACAAAGGCUUAACAAUUAAUCCAUCACCUGGUUUUCUCAAGAGGUUUGAUGGUGCAGAGGGAUCCUCAGGCGCCUGGACCCUUGCCUAGCAUAUUGUUAUUAGUAAUAAUAAUUUUGUCCCACUUUGGACAGCACUUAUUGGUUGAGCAUGUAGACGGAUGUGCUUCGCCAACAAGUUUAAUUCUACAUUUAUUGCACCUGCGGAAUUGUUUGCAAAUGACUGACAUAAUAUGAACUGUCUCACAGGUCGAAACUGGUUGAAGUAAACUCUGUAAAACCCAACAUUGCCAAUUUUGGGAGAUCUUUGUUAGCUGGCUACUGCUCUUCCUAUGUACCGGACUUUGUUCUUCAAGGGAUAGGGAGCGAGGACAGGUUAAGGCAGUGCCUGAUGUCAGACUUGUCUCAUGCUGUACAGGUAAAUUAUAUUGAAAGGGACCUUCAUGGAGAGACGCAUUUUAAAUUGUUUUUGAUAUUAUGAUGUUGAUUGUUAAUAUAAGAUAAGAUCUCACUCUUUGCAUUUGUAUUAACCUUUUUUUUUUUCUCUCCUCUUUGCUCUUCUACAGUCUUUUACUUAAUUUUGAGUACUAGUUCUGUCUGAUAUUUUUAUUUUUCUUCUUUAUCACAAUGCGCUUUUCAUUCGUUCUUUCUUCAAAGCCUUUUACGGUUAUAUUAAGCUUUGAUUUCUGUUGUAUUGCUUUUUUUUACAUACGUAGGGCAUCUUUUUCAAAAAUAUGUUUAGGUUAAAUCAAUGCAUAUAUUCUGUUGUCAUACAAUAAAAAAAGGCACCAUUUUUAAAGAGAGAGAACUGCAUGUUUUUUGUAAUUAUUGGAUAUCGCGGAUGUAGGGAGACUUGAGCUACUUGCACUUUAGUCACAAACUUAUCAGUUAUAAUUUCAAACUAAAUUAAUAAUUUAGCAAAAACGGAAAUUCAGAAUUACACACAAAAAAUGUUAAUAUGCUGUGUCAAAAACUCAAACCGGCACUUUUUUAACAAAAAUAAAACUUUUAUUAGCAAAUUGGAUAACUGGUAGAAGGUAAUAAAAUAUAUAACCUCCAUGAAGUCAAUUGUAAUCUAGUCAAGAUUUGAUUAUUACUUACAUAAGAUACUUGACCUUUUUGCCCAAAAUUAACAUCUGACUUUUUGUUUUACUUUUUAAGCAUCCAGUUUUGGAUGAGCCCAUUGCGGAAGCUGUCUGCAUUAUCGCAGACGUGGAUAAAUGGACAGUGCAAGUGGCCAGUAGCCAGAGACGGACAACAGAUAACAAACUGGGAAAAGAAGUGCUGGUAUCCAGCCUCGUCUCCAGUUUGCUUCAUUCCACUCUCCAGCUAUAUAAACACAACUUGUCAGCAAAUUUUGUGAGUAUGAUUACUUAUAAGUAUUUAUUUUUGUAUCAAAAUUAAAAAACUUCCAAAAUGAUUUAUCUACAGAAGUCACCAUUAAAGUCUGUGAGACUUUUUGUAGAUAAAUCAUUUGCAAAGUUUUUCUAAAUAUAUUAAAUCUUUUGUAAAGCAUAUCAAUCAAAUAUGUGUGAUGAUGGUGUUAUUUUAAAAUGGGCUUAAUGCUAGCUUUAUCUUUUUGGUUAUUGGUUCAUGAUUGUAUUUGGAAAAUAGAGAGAGAGCAGAAGGAAGAAAUGUAUUUUACAAAGUUUGAACCUCUCUUUUCCCCUACCCAUAAUGUUUAUUCUUCUUCUUCGCAUACCACAAGAGGAGAGUGUCAGGCUUUUGCGUUUGCAUGACAGCAGCACAGUCACAGCCCUUAUAUCUCUUUUAAGAAACACUCUCCAGACUGUGUGUGUGUGUGUGUGUGUACAUGCGUGUGCACACUUGAUUAACAAAUACCAUUCAUAUCCAUAUGAAUCUAUAUUCAUAGUGUUAAUGGAAUAUUUUUUCUUAUACUUUAUGAUAACAUUAAUUAUCGCUUCCCAUAGUGUAUCAUGCAUCUGGAAAAUCGGCUGCAGGAACUGUAUUUUAAAAGCCGAAUGCUGUCAGAAUAUCUGAAAGGCCAGACCAGAGUUCAUGUGAAGGAGCUCAAUGAGAUUCUUGGGUAAGACCACAACUCCUAACUAUUGCAUUUUUAUUCUGUAGGCAAACAGUGACUAAUUACUUUAUCAGAAGAAUCAAUACUGUGCAAGCAGACAUUUGGAAUUAAUAAAAUGGCCACUUUAUGGUUUAACAAACAUUUAGCUCAAAUUCCAAUUGUUGUUUUGGUCAAAACUUGGACAAUUGCCUCUGUUCUUACAGGGUUAAGAGAUGUGCGAAUUAUAUUUAUUUUCUUUUUUUCCUACCAGAAUUGAAUCCAGUGAUCUUCCAUUGUUGGCAGCCGUAGCCAGCACUCACUCUCCAUAUGUUGCACAAAUCCUUCUUUAAAGGGAAUGCAGGAAAUGAACUCCAUUAAUUAAUACCAGGAGAAAAUAUUCGUCUUUUGGACCUUUGCGCAUCUCGGCAGGGGGGAUAACAGACAUAUUCAGUGAAACCAAUAGAUCAUAUCAGUACCUGCAUCGGUGAACAUAGUCAGCGCCAAAAUAUCGACAGAUUGUGCUUUGCAUCAUUGAUCUUUGGAAUUUGCGAAAUUAAACUUUUUUUUAAAAGGGUACCACGCAAAUUAAAAUAGGCUCAUUUUUAAGAGUAUCAGAACUGUGGGAUUCUUUAUUUUUUACGAACCUUUUAAACAAGUUAUGGGGACUUUGAUUUUUGUUUUUUCUUUGUAAAUAGGUCUGUAACACAGCAUGAACAAACAAGCCAAGGAUGGAUAUGCAACGUCUGGAUUUUACCUAAUUUAAUUUUUUUGCUAAUGUUUUUUCCUGUUAAUCUUUAUUGGCACACAUUUCAAGGAAAAAAAAUGCUAUGAAUGAAGAGUUCAAAUAUAAAAGCUUUUAGAAUUUCUACUAGGUGAAUUGCAAAACUCCAAAUAAUAUAGGUGUAUUGCUUCCUUCUUCAAAUAGGCUAUUCAUUGCUAUUACCUCUGAGAGAAUGUUAUAUUCAUUAAUCCCUGUUGGGACAUAUAAUGCUCUAAAAGUUAUAGUCAACCCAGAAAAAAUGUUGGUGUGUCCUGUAAAGUUAACCAAAGAAAAUUGUCCUGUCAGUUUAUUUUUCUGUCCGCUUACUUUUCCUUAUGCCCCUCACAUCUUAAGAGAACAGUGAAGUGUUAGGAAUACAAUCCUGUAUUCCUAGUGCUUUAGUAUCCUGUCUCUAGUUCUAGCGGUUCCUCCCACCCUUUUCAAAUAAAUUUGAAUACAAUAAAUCUUCUAACUUACCUUUCCCCAGCCCUGAGGCUCUCUUGGUACUGCUUACCUCUCCUCCCUGCAAUGUUAUAGAGGAGCAAUGGCCAUCUCUACAACGGUCCAAUGCAAUGCUUCUCAUAGAGGAGCAUUUGGGACCUGAGGCGCAUGCUCAUCCCAAGCUUCUCCAUAAGCAUUGAAUGAUUACCUUCUAAUGGUGCUUACAUGUCAUGUGACUGAAUUUUACUCUGUCAGUUCUGUGGAAGCACCUCUAGUGGCUGUUAGAAACCUUGCAAUAUAUACAUUGCAGUUUCUAUUAAAAAAAAAAACAAAAAAAAAAAAACCCCACAAAACAAACCUUUACACUGCAUGUUUAAAAGUACAGGACUAUUGCACCCAGGCCACUUCAUUUAAGUGAAGUGUCCUGGGUGAUUUAAGUGGUCCUUUAAUGAUUAAAACAAUCCUCACACACCUUUACUUAUAUUUAUCUUUUCUUCCAUAUUUUAAUAUCUGGGUGGUGCCCUUUUGUUAUUCUUUGUUUAUUGUGUCCAGUUUGACCUUCUGUGGGAUUUUUGUGACUUUUGGCUUGUGGGUAAAUUAGUUUAACAGUUGAAAUGGAAAUUUGCUUAAGCUCGACCCAUUACCAAAGAUUGCAUCCCCCAUUAGAAAAAGCAUUUCCUAAUUAUAUUAUGCUUCAUUACAAAAAAAAACCACAAAAAAUCCCUAAGAAAUAGAGGAACAAAAAGGAUUAGUUUAAACGCAAAACCUGACAAGUUUUGCCACUUUAAGAAGACAUUAUUUCCUAAUUAGUUUUAAACAUACUGCUGCUAUGGAAAGAACGGAAUUUAGCCUAUCACUGCCCUCUUAUGUCACAUAGUUUCAUGUUAAAGGGAUGUACCAGUACAAGACUUGGACAAUUUAUGAUAAUUUUCAUAGUUUUUUAUUUUAAAUUAAUGUGCUCCAGCUGUGCAUCCACCCCAUCUACAUUAUUUAUUUUUGUCACUGUCCUAAUAAGAUUGUACUCACUUUGGAGUCCAUUUAUAGCCUUAUAUGGUAGAUUUCAUCAUGCUUAGAAUUUUCUUAUAUUAAAGGAGAGCUAUACUGCUAGGAUUACAAAGUUGUGUUCCUAAUUGUAUUGCAUCCUCUGCCCCUUUCCCUCCACCCCUUCAUUACAGCCUCUCAGCGCUGAAAGAGUUAAAAUAAAUUUUGACACCUGAUUCCAGCACCGAUGUCCCUCUGCGCUGAGUGAGGCUCCUCCUCAGCCGACUGGGGGACCUAAUGCGCAAGCGCAUUAGGACUUGCCCGUAGGAAAGCAUUGUAUCCGUGCUUUCCCAUGGGGUGUUAGCCGACACUGGAUGUCCUCCUGCAAAGUACUUCUAGUCACUAUCUGGUAGACCUCCACUAGAGGUGGAGAUAACCCUACAAGGUAAUUAUUGCAGUUAUUUUAAUAGCUGCAGUAAUUACAAUUGCAGGGUUAAGAGGACAGAGACGGUGUACCCAGACCAUUUCAAUGAGAUGAAGUGGUCUGGGUGCCUAUAGUGUUCCUUUAAUCCCUUAAGGCCACAGGACAUGUGUGACAUGUCAUGAUUCCCUUUUAUUCCAGAAGUUUGGUCCUCAAGGGGUUAAAAGUAUUAUGGCCCUGUUACUUUGUGGCUGCACUACCACCUGCUCUACAGCCUUCAGUAAAAAGUUGAGUGCUUAACUCUGGAUCGACUAAAUACUAUAAACCCCAUAGUAAGCUUAAGUGUCACAGUAUCAGUUGAGAUCUCAGCCGCUCCCUUAUUUUGGGAAAAAUAAAUAUUGGGACUUCAAAAAUAAAUAUAAAUGUAUUAUUUUAAAAUUUAUUUUUUCCUGUGCAUUUUUCAUAGAAUGCAUUAAAUCUGGAUAACUAGCCUGGAGCUUACCUUUAUAAUUUAUUUUUAAUAGGGGAUUUUUUAUUUUAUUUUCUUUAUUCUUUUUACAAAUUACAAAAUUAUUUAUUAUUCAUCAGAGUAGUUCCAACACCACGUUUUCUGUUCUAUGAAGGUAAAUAAUCCCUGAGGGUAUGAUUUUAGCUUUUUCUACUACCUCACAUUCGAACACAAAGUCAAUCUUUGCAAUAAUAAUUCUUUCUGAUGUAAAAAAUAUAGUGCAGUGCUAAUAAAUAUACAUACAAAUCUUCUUUUUUCUUUAUCAGUUGUUUCUACUAUAGCAUACAGCACAAGAGUCCUGUUUUCUGCACGGGGACUUCUCGUUGAAUUCCAUGGCUUCUAAAACCUGGUGUUUGAUGCCUAUUCGUUUAGUGUUUGAGUGUUUAUUCACAUAAAAGUGAACUGAAAACCGAAAUACAAAUUGUAGGCCAAAGCUGCCAAUUUGACAAAAAUAAAUAAAUCUUCAACUUGAGUAUAAUCUCAGUUUAGAUAUUUUAGCCUGUUUCAGUUCAAUGUUGAGUGAAUGCAUCCUUUGCGCUUCAUUUUUUCCUGAGGUCAAUAUUGUGCUCACUUUGUUGGGAUAUACUAAAAGCUGAAUUUAAUAAUAUAUUUCACUUUUUUUCUUCUAAUUUAACUUUGCAUAAGUCAUUUUAUUCUACUCUUCAAAUUGAUUCUGCGUUUGAAUUUAAGUUUGUCUUCUGUAGUCUUGUCACCGUUUUGAGAUAGAAUAACCAUAUGGGGUUGCUUUAUCAAUACGUUGCAGACACUUUGUCCAUUUUUGGCAAAUUGCUGGUGCAGUUUAUUAAAGCUGUUGGCUUUUUUAUAUAUUUUUUGCUCCCUAGACAUCAUUUUUUUUUUUUAACAUUAAAACAUUCAAUUUUGCUUCUCUUUUAUCCAUCACUCUAAAUUUGCCAGUCUUUUGAAAUAGAAAUUUCGGUGAAAAUGGAUGGAAUUUACUGUAAAGAAUACCAUCCCUUUUUAGAUCAUUUUUAGAACACUAAUAAAUAUGAUCAAAGUAAUGAAAGAAUAUAACCCUCACUUUCCAAAGUACUUUGAUAAAUAUAUUUUCCCUUAGAUCUCUGUAGAAUAUUUUAUAUUCAGGUUAUUCUGCAUUUAAAUUUCUUUCUGCCUUAUCCUGUCCAGACUGUUCUCUUUGAACUUAAGUAUUCUUCCAGUUUGCUAUAUCUGUGUAAUGUUAGUGCGUUCAGACUCCUAAUAUUAUUAAUUUACCUGGUAGAAACCAGGUAAAUCUUAUUGCCCAAUUAUGAUAGCUGCUGUGAUGUGGGAGCUGAAUAAAUUGACAGGUUCACCUUCAGCUAUUUCCAGAUUCAAUCUAUACAUACAUACAUAUAUAGACAAGUACAUACAUGAUGCGUGUACUUUCCUCCCACAAUUCCUAGUGUAAUAUACACGCUCUUAUUCCUGUGUCAGAAUUCUCUCAAAGUUGCUUGGAUGCUUAAUUUUUCUGUUAUUUGUGGCUGCAGAAUUAUUUGGAUCUUUAUAAAUGAUGACUGAUGGCUGACUGUUUCAGUGAGCAGAAUGUAAGAAUGCAUUUUUCGCAUUUGAUUAGUGACGUCAAGCCAUUUUUUUGUGUGUGUGUUUUUGUCCAGAUGGCUAACUGUUUGAGCUGUACUGCCACGUUUGAACAAUUUAUGUCCUUAGACAGUUGCCGUUUAUACCUGUAGUGUAUCUCCAAUAAAUAAGCAGGGGUGUUUAAAUAAGUCAAUCUCCCUAUAUAUUUUCAUUUGAAACAAAGAGAGAGAAGUUUAAAUUUGAACUCUAGCUGCCAAUAUCCUCCAUUUUGCAGAGACCUGUCCUGGAUUAUUGUCUUUAUGUUGCAUGCAUGCAGAUUGUUUACAGCAGAUUCUAAUAAAUUGCAUGCACUUUAUUUUAUUGUAUUUGCAUUUGUACAAAAACAUGUAAAUCUUGUGCAGUCACGUAUGAAAGAAACAAAUUACGCUCUAUGGUAUUUUGGAUCACAGAAUUUUAAAUGUGUACGUUUUUGUUUUAUAUAUAAAAUAAAUGGAUCUGUAUAACAUUUCACUAUUUACUAUAGCAUGUCAAAACAGGAGACUAUUAACACUUUUUUUAAAGCUAUUUUUGUUUUUGAAAAAGCAGAUCAUGAUGACCCCUUCAACAAAAAAGGGCUUUUUUAAUGAUAUUGAAAAUGUCAUACAACUAAACAUUCUGCUUAUUGAAGAAAUUACAGAGCACUGUGGCGAUUAAACGUUUAUCUUUUCUAUCGGACCUAUUUUUUUCAGAAAAUAAGAUAUAAUAUAUAUUCUAGGCCUGCUCACACUUUACACAGGAUUCGCAUAAUAUGAGAUUAUUAAUAUUUUUAACUUUCUUGCAGAGAUACUAAGCGCCAAUUUUAAAACUACUUUUGCAAUACGAAAAAAGGCCUCAUGCAUUUGACCAAAGUCCUGAUAAUAAAACCUUAUGUCUUAAUUACAUGUCUAAAGAACUGAUACUCACCCUGUUUGUGUAUUUUAUGAUCUUCCUGGUAUGCUAUGAAAAUGUAUUUGUUUAUGUUGGUUUGCUUACUUUAAAUUAUUUAGAUGAAUUCUGUGACAAUGUACAGAGCAGUCUUCCUAUUUUGUAAAUAUUUUCCAUAACAUGCACUGUAUUAUAUUAACCAUUCCCAAUUUUAUGGGGAGCUUUGGUGCAAUAAAUUCGGUCUAUAAAAA